GUCAAAGGGAAAGUUCCAUUCGCUCAGGGAUCUGCAGGCCGGAUCGAUUAGUCACGCCUGGCUUGGUUCUCGGCUCUCCUCUCUCGCCUCCAUUCGUCGGGUCUGGCUGUGCCGCUGGCUGUGGAAGGUUCCCUGUCCUCCGUCACCGACCCUCGCCCCUUCCUCAUCCUCCGGAACAGCCGCCGCUCCCGUGUCGGACACCCGGGCUGGCCCUGCGCGGCCUGCUGACAGUCCGGGGGAAGGGGGAGGAGGAACAGCCGCCGCUAGCUGGCGGAGAGCCGGGCCCGGAGCCGGUACCGGAGUGCGGGGAUCUCGCUGCCUCCCGGCCCCCAGCCCGAGCCCCCGCCGCCGCUGUGGGAAGGACUGGCACUCGGGCUUCCUCCCCGGAGUUUGAUGAUGAGCCCGCGGCGGGGAUCCGGACCCUCCCCGGCUGCGCCUGUCACCAGCGGCUGAGACUCCCCACCCACCAGCGGUAAGUACCCACCGAACCAGGCCAGGGCACGGCACCUGCGGCUCCCCGGGGACAUCACCUGCCAUGGCUCACCUCGGGCACCCCUGCUGGGGCUCUGCCACUCACAGGGUGCUCAGCCAGCUGGCAGCAUGGGGUCUGCCACUCACAGGGUGCUCGGCCAGCUGGCAGCAUGGGGGUCUGCCACUCACAGGGUGCUCGGCCAGCUGGCAGCAUGGGGGUCUGCCACUCACAGGGUGCUCGGCCAGCUGGCAGCAUGGGGGUCUGCCACUCACAGGGUGCUCGGCCAGCUGGCAGCAUGGGGGUCUGUCACUGCGACUCACAGGGUGCUCGGCCAGCUGGCAGCAUGGGGGGUCUGCCACUCACAGGGUGCUCGACCAGCUGGCAGCAUGGGGUCUGCCACUCACAGGGUGCUCGGCCAGCUGGCAGCAUGGGGUCAAUCUAAUACCAUGGGGCGUCUCUUAAACUGAGACUAAAGGCAGAGUAUGCACGAAUUCCUAAUGUAUAUUCCACACUUGUGUAAUUCCAUAUUACAUAAUAGGGAAAGGAGUUGGGACGAUCUGCUUCCCCUGCCCCAUUCCUGGCAUACCAUUUUAAAGGGAAAUAAACUGAAUCAAUGGUUGCAGCUGCUAAUGAGUAUAGCUGGUACUAAUUUUUGGAAGGCAGGAAUGUGUUAUAUCAUUAUGGUAAGAAAUGCCCACCUUGCAUGAUGUCAUAAACUGUGACAUCACCAACCCUGCAGUAUGGGUUUGUAAGUAUGACCGCUUUUUUUGUAAUUUCAUGGAUAUGGAGCUAAAAUGUGUUCUGUCUUUGUGUAUGGUGUAAAUUAAUUCAUGGUUAACACAAUAGGAGUUCUUUCAGCACUUGCCUUAGUCACUUGUAUUUGCUGGUGAUCAGGCACAGUCGCUGUAGUCUCCUGUUACAGUGUGCUUACACUAGAGAAAUGUCAUAUUACUAGUUAUAUUUUCAGAGGCUCUUAUAUAUAGAUCUAUAGUUAUUAAACUCUCCAGCUCAGCCAUAGUCACAGCUUUAUGCUAUUUUAUUUUCUUUCUUUCAGUUUUUCCACUUGGCUUUAAUUCCUGAACGUUCAGAGAAUAAGUCUUCUGUAAACUACCAACAGCAGACCCUUAACUGCCACUUAUAAAAGUUAGCUGUGGGGUUUGAUAUUCACCAACUUGUUUAUGAAUCAGAAUUGUAAAAUUUUGGAUACAAUAACUAGUUUGGGUAAAAUGGCUGGGCUACUUUUACAUUGGAGUUCUGUUUUCAAUUCCCCUCAACUUGGUGUAGUGAAUAAACCCUUGCCGUAUUCUGUUCUGUGGGCAGGCUUAAUUUAUCAGUCACUAACAGUUAUUUGUUCCUGAUCCUCUGUAAUACCUCCCUCCCACUGUUCAAGAGAGAUAGGACACAUUUGUUUUCCUCACCCUUAAUAGUAUAUCCACUUUUUUUUUCACAGGCUUGGGUAAUAUUGCAUAUUAAUAUGAGGGUAUCCAAAUGUAGAACACGGAUUAAAGUAUAGGUAUUGCAUUAUGUGUAUAUAGAACAGUCAUACACAAACUCUUCAUAAAGGCAUAACUUAUCCAUAAGUAUUUGCACUUUGCCUAUGUGAGCAUUGUAAUGUUUUAGUUAUGUGAAACUAGAAAGUUUGUCAGCCAUGUUUGAUCUUGCUAAUGACUUGCAAAAGGACAACCAUCAUGAUUGAAGGUGAUUACUUUUGCCUUGAACUUCUCUAGGACGGCAGAACAUAAUGUAUGUUUCCAUCAGGCAACAGCUAUUUCAGUCUCCAUCCUGUAAAAUCUCUCAGGGGUGUAACUCAAACUAAUCUUGUGCAGACAGGACCUAUAUCUGCUGCAUGGAGGUGCUCCAUGCACCAUUUCCCAUUCAUUAUAGGAAUGUGAGAUGUUAUCUAUGCUGUAUAUGAAUUUAUUUUUAUUAAACAUGCAUAAUACACUCUAUUCAUAGUUUCAAAAUCUUCAAAUGGAAAAUGUCCUGUUGGAGGAAAUACAGACCUUUUCUAACCUUGCUUGUAGCAAUUCAACAGUAACUGCUUCAAUCUGUUUGCAGGCCUGUGUGUAAACAGAAAGGACAAUGUUUGUAUUUUUUAUUUUUCACUAGUUGCUUAAAGGGGACAGAUGUGGGGAGGGUGGCAUGAAAGGAAGAUACCAGCAGCACAGAGGGGUGGCCAGGCCACUACUGGAUGUUUGGACCAGCAUGCAAUGUGUGCUGGCAUCAGAUGGCAGAUUUUCACAUUAGCCAGCCAGGACUUUUUCUGAGCUAACGAAUGAUGCCUCAAUGACUUGGCUGUAGGUGGAAAAAUCUUUGGAGGAUGCUUCUUGUGACGCAUUGAGGACAGUGUACUUGUGUAGCAUUUGCUCUGAUUCACAUUUCCAGUGCUUUGCUUUAAAACAGGAGUCCAGUGCUUUUGGAGAAGCAUUAGAUGGAUACAGUGCCAGUGUCUGCAUACUUGGACAUGUUUGAUGCAACUGUCUGAAGCCCCUAGUGACUGUCUAGCAGAAGUUAGUAGAUUUGGAAUGCUAUAUGCAACUCAUGUUUUUGCAGAAAGGACGCUUUCCAUUUGAAAGGUCGCAUCUGUGCCCCAAAAUCACUUAAGAUUGUACCUUUUUAAAGGGACACUUUAUAGGAUUGUGAAACAUUCCUUACAUUAUAGUGUUCGUCGUGUUUAGAUUUGGGACCCUCCUAAAUAUUAGAAUUCAAAAGUUCUUACGGUGGAAGUGCCUCUAGUGGCUGUCGGGAAGACAGCCACUAAAAAGAGUUUAGUAGAUACUAGUGUUUCCAUUUCAAGGCUAAACUGCAAUGUUUUACAUGACCAGAGCACUGAACAAAGACUGUUUCAUUGAGUUUGAGUUUUCAGGGAACCAAUAGUCCCCUUUUCAAUACAUAUAGGGUAUUGUUUCUUUCCUCAUCUCUCGAAAUAACUCCUAGUGUAAAUAGGCCCCUACAACCAUGUACCCUGUUGCAUGUAACUGUAGAAGUUUGCAACACUCAGCAGCUAGAGGACAACCCCUUCUUACUCUAGAGUGCACAUGCUGGGGCAAUCUCUACCUCCUGGAUGUGUGUAGCCUUAUAACAGCCCUUGGCUUAAUCAGCAAGUCUAGUAAUCUGUUAUGAAUUGUUUUGCUGUGUGGCAGAACUACAUACUGACUAACUGAACUCUCUUCUGGCCUGCAAGGGGUUCAUCUGCUUGCAUGUGGAAGAUGAACAGCCGGAAAAGUCUGUAUCACUGUAACUCCCUUAAAUGUAUCCUAUAGUGCCCAUCUCGGGGCUGAAGGGGUUAAAACCCCUUAUGUCCCUUACCUGGAUCCAGCGCCAAUGUCACUCUGCGCUGGGUCAGGCUCCACCCACGCUCCGCACACAUUAGCCCUCCCCAUAGGAAAGCAUUAUCUAAUGCUUUCCUAUGGGGAGUAUCUGACACUGGAGGACGUCCAGCAUCAGAUAACAGACCAAAAGUCCGUUUUGGAUUCCGGAAGCCCUCUAGUGGCUGGUAGACCGCCACAGAGGGCAGACUUAGAGCUGCAAUGUAAAUGCAAAAGGGACACAGCACCCAGACCACUUCAAUGAGCUGAGGUGGUCUGGAUGCCUACAGUGCCCCUUUAAGGACUAAGACCGUUUUGAGAUGCAAUAAGUUUGACUUUCCAGUAGAAAAAUGGAGGUCAUCUGCAGUCUGUUUUUGGUAUUUGUAUUGAUUUGGGUUUUUCAAAUCCUGAAGUUAUUUCAGUGCUUAUUUGCUGGCAGGAAUUUCAAAUGUUUUUUUAUUUCAUAAAUGUAUUUAUCUGGGCUAAACUACUUGUUUGUAUGCAUUAAUUUUAAUUGUAUAGCAAUAACAAAAUAUAGUCUACUGUAUAGCUGUUCUAAAAUGGAUUAGACACUGAAGCAGCAGCAUUUUUAUCUCCUAUUGUAUAACCCCUCUUUCUCCCAAGGAGCAGGUUUGUCCAUCUUGAGUAGUUUAUACCGGGUUGUAAAACCUUUUCUGCCUCUAAUUCUGCAGGUAUCCUACAAUGUAGAUCCCCAUGGCGACCAAUGACACUCAAUACUUGAUAAGGUUUGCCUAACCCCUUGUCCCAAAGGGUUUGUAAUUAAAUCAAUUAUCUAUUGAAUGCUUUAAUGACUCACACAUUUUUUCUUUUUAUGUCUUGACCUACUUUAUCUACUGGGCUGUGAUUGAAAGGAGCAAUGUUACACAGCAUCCUGUUUGUGAAGCAGUGUUUUUAUACUAGUUUGGAAACUUACUAGGUAUUUCCAACACUGGUAUGCAAUGGUCUUCUUUUCUAGAAAAACUCUUCCUAGUAAUUAAGCAGAAAAUGGGACCUUUAGUAAAUACGUUUGUGCACUGUAUUGUGUUGGGUGUGGUGUUUACAUGUUGACACAAAUGUAAAAACUGCUUUUAAUCAUGCUUUAAAAGCAGCAGCAUUUUUACUUUAUUAGGGAAUGGCUUCUGAUUUUAUAAAGAUAUGACUAAUUUUGAGCUGUCAUCAGUAUUAUUGUGAUGUGUUUCCUAUGAAAGUACACCUAUUAUCUCACUAUUGCUACUUAGUUCCAGGUUUUUGUCCUGUUUACUUUUGCAGCAUAGUGGAAAAGAUGCAUGCUCACAAGAAAAUCUAAAUGGUACAUGGCUUAUCCAGGCUAUACAACUUUGGUUCUUAGUCUGUAUUUUUUUUUUUUGUAUUCUCAUUUGUUUUCAUGGUUAUUCUUAGAACAUUAAAUUUCUUAGAUUUUUGACAUGUGUAGCAAUCCUCUCUGUAGUGUUUAUGGUAACAGGGAGUGCCCUUGCAGCCUCAAUUUGUAAGUAGUUGGACAGUUUUUAAGAACUGUUUUUUGAGGGGGUCUUCCAAGUUCUAUUUUCUCCCAUCUCCACUGUCUGAUGUCCUUAAAGGGACACUAAAGACCCCUUUAUCUACUUGCUUAGUUUUCUUUUUUGACUGCAAUACUUAUAUUGUAGUGUUAAGACUGCCUAUAGGGUCUCUACCAGGCAGCCACUAGAAGCUCUUCCUGGCUUUUCAUGGUGUCGCUGUAUGUCAUCAUGCUUUGAAUGAGAAUGCCAAGCAUCUUCUAAAAUGCCACUGGAAGGCAUUGAGGCAAUGUUUUCCUGGGGGAAGGCCUAAUGCGCACCAGGCAGUCUUGGUGCAUGCACAUUAGGUCCCUCAGUUGGCUGAUAGCUUGAGGAGUGCAACCCAGUGUAGAAGGACAUCCAUUCUAAUUUUUAUUUUAAUGCCUCUUGCGGCUGGGUGAAGUGGAAGCAGAGGGACCCUUUAGUGUUAGGAACUAAUCUUUGCAUCUAUAAUAAAGUAUUCCUUGGCAGGGCUGAUCUUCUGGCUCUCCAUUGUUUACCAGUAGUAGCAGCUUGUUGAUCUCAGGUAAUGGGUCAAACCACUUUAAAAUGACCUUCUCACAAUAGGCAGUGCCACUUCUAACCAGUAUAGUGCCCUGUAGUGGUUAUGGUGUUUGCAGUUUUCAUUUAAUGUGUGUCUCUCUGUAAUUCAGACACCCAUAGCAAGUUGAUAGAUUCAUGCUGUUUGUUAGGUUUGGGGAGGGGGUGAAGGGGGCAUGCAAUGACACUUCAAAGCACUUUUGCUAAAGACCUGUGACUCCCACCCUUAUUUUAUUUUUCCCUCUUUCUUUCCCUGGGCUGAUAAUGGCAGAAUGCUAUUUAAACCUGAUCACAUUACUCAUAAAUUUUCCUGCUUAAUCUGGGGGAUGUGUGUUCCGUCAUAUAAGCACUUGUUUGUUAGAAGUAGAUAUCAAGCUGGUGCAUACUUGUUCCCCAGGGCCCUUCUAACUUUUAUCCAGUACAUUCUUGAUGUUUAUAGAGCAGGAUAGUGUGGCACUUAAAGUAAAGCUAAGUGCAGUUUAAUGUUCUUCCAGUGUUUGUGCUCCAUGGCUUAGAGGUACAGCCCUGUUUCAGUUUAAUUUUGGCCUCCUUUUUCUCCUUUCCUUAUCUCCCUUCCUCAAUCAGCAUGCAGUCUGAGAUUAUUCAGUGUUCUUUCAUUGACAUUUGAACAGUUUUAUGCAGAAUUCUCCAGUUUCUUUUAUCUGCUUUGAUCACUAACCCUUUGCAGGAAGCUGUGCAUUAUAUUGUCAGAUUACUCCUUACCCUACCCCAUCAAUCUCUGGGAUGUAAGCUGUUUGGAAAUUCAACUAAGGAGUCUGACUGUACAUUGUUGAAGACUGUCCUCUUGUACAUACAAUAGAGCACUAGAGUUCAUGUUGCAUGUGUUGGUUUGCCUGGAAUGCAAACUCCUUGUAUAAUCUAGGUAUGGCAUUAACCUUUUGUUUUCAGUUUGUACAUGAUUGUAGUUCUGUUUAGUUUAAUUCAGUUUUAUAAACUUUGGAAUCUUUAACCAGAGUUAAAGGGACACUCCAGCUGCCUAAAUCCCCUCCCAAAAACCCACUGUUUAGUGCAUAUAACUUAAUGAAAACAUACAUGAAUAUAAUUAUGCUUUUUUUAUUCCACUUGGGUUUAUCUAAACACAGCUUGCAAAAGAUCCAGAUCUUUUUACAACCCAGGCUAUACUUUCUGCGGUUGAACUACAGACUUCCCAAUGUCGCCCAAUGAGGUCUUUGCAAGGGAGGUGCUCUGGGCAAUUGCCUUUUUAGCUCCAUUGAGCCAUCAAAAACCAGGAAGUGGGACAGGUUGCCUGACAUCCAGGGGCAUGUUACAAUGUAAACUUAAAGUACACAUUUCUGUUGAAAUGGUGGGAGUACUCUCUUCACCAAUAAAGCAUUUCCACAAACUGCUUUAUGGGUCUGCAGUGUAGCUUUAACCUUUGGCCACCAACUUGCUGUUGUCCUGCUGGAAAGGAGAUUUAGCAUAGCUGAAAUCAAUCUGCAGACCAAUGUUGGAUUACACUAAAUGGCUGUCAACACAAGAAUGCCACACUGUAUGUUACCCUUUAAGUAAAAACCUAUUUUCAUGCUGUGAUUUAACACUUGCGUUGGCAAAACAUUUAUGGUUUAGCUCAAGAAAACUUGCUUUUCUUCAGAGUGAAAUGUUAACCCGUUGCUUCUUGUGUAGAAGCCGAUGGCAAAUAAAAUGUACAAAUGAAUCAAAAUUACUUGCAUCACAUGUCCUGGUAGUUGACUACUCACAUCCUAGAAACUGCUUCCUGGCCAGAAAUCUUGUCGGCAACAAAUGUAGUUAUUCUAAAUGUAAUACUUUCCAUAUUGUGGUUGUGUAUUUUAAUUUUUUUUAUUUUUUUUUAUACUGCUUUAAUGUGUCCUCGACACUAGUUGAAAAUCCUUCUCAAGCCUAGCUUUUUCUUUCUUGGGCAAGUAAGAAAAGUAUGUUAAAGUAGAGACCCAGAGCUCUGUGCAGGUUCUAUCUCGUCAGCUAUUUACAAUAAACUGGAGUGACAUUAGUUAUGUGUUAUUUCUUUGUGAAACAGAACUUUAGCCAUUGUAACAAAGAUGCUAGAACUGCAGGAUAUCUGCCAACAAUAUCACUGCAUGUAAAGGCAAAUAUAGCCAAGGUUGCAAUUUGGCUUGUUCUCGGUCUUUUAAUUUAAAAUCUAUUCCCUUUGAUUAGUAUGACUGUAUGAAUUGCUAGUGUCUGGUAGCUUACUACUUCAGAACCCAUAAUCAUAUGGUAGAGUGCGCACUAUGCUCCAGAUAUGUUGUCUGUUCAGUAGGUUACGUCAGCCAAUUAAGUCAUUGCUCAGAUAACUUCUAGAUCUAAAAAUAAAACUGUUAUAUAUUGUCACUUAAACUGUGCCUUGCCAUGGUCCAUAAGUCUAGUUUUGUGUUCAGGGGCUUUAUCACCCUUUCUGAUUCUUUGCACUCUUUUUCUAUUUAAUUACCCAUGUGUCCUAAGCUGGCAUCAAAGUUUUUAGCCAAAACUGACCUUUUGGGUUUUGAUACCAGCAGUUUUUGUUAAUACUGUGUAGGUACAUUUAAAUGAACAUUGUUCAGCAUUCACGCUGCUAACACAGGAAGAGCAUUCUUUUUGUUACUUGAGCUUUAGCCCAUCAGACUGCUUUAACAAGCUGCUUAAAGUCUAAAGGCCGGCAAAAUGUAAUCAAUUUGACUUAAAGGGACACUAUAUAGUCACCAAAACUACAGCUUAAUAUUCUGGUGACUAUAUAGUGUACUUUAAGUAAAAUCGAAUAAAAUUUUUCCAGCCUUUAGACUGAAGCGGCUUGUGGGUCUACCAUGUUCCUGCAGGCUUUUUGCCGUAAUUUUUUUUUCAGAUAAAAGGCAGUGUUUAGUUUACAGCCUGGGGAUACCUCCAGUGGCAGCUACUCAGAUGGCUAGCAAAGGUGCCUUCUGGAACAGUGCUGCAGUGUAGCACUGACAUUCAGUGUCUUCACCCACUGCAUGGAGACACUAAAUGUUCCUCAGAUGCAUUGGUCACCUUUUUUCACUUUGAAUGUUAGUGCAAUUGUUUAAUUUUUUUUUUUGCUGACAUUUCUCAAGCUAUGCAUGUUAAAGGGACACUAGUCACUCAGACCACUUCAGCUCAAUGAAUUGGUCUGGGUGCCAGGUCCUUCAGAUUGAAACCUAGCUGCUUCAGAGAAACUGCUAUGUUUACAUUUGGGGUUAAUCCAGCCUGUAGUUGCUGUCUUCCGGACAGCCAGUAGAGGUGCAUAUGCGACGCUGGAUGUGAAUUUCGCAUCCAUCGCGCAGAGCGUUCCAUAGGAAAGCAUUGAGAAAUGCCUGCCUAUGGACACUAUGAAUGCGCAGCUCCACGGACAGGGAGGAGAGGUCACCAGCGCCGAGGGAGCCCGGCGCUGGAUUAAAGUAACCGAAGGGGUUUUAACACCUUCAGCACCAUGGGAGGGGGAUCCUGAGGUUGGGGGCACCCUCAGGGCACUAUAGUGUCAGAAAAACAGCUUUGUUUUCCUGACACUAUAGUGAACAUUUGCAAACAUAAUUUCUAUCUUCUUGGUAAGAACCAGACAUGUUUGUCUCUUAAUUGCCUAUUUUCAGAGAACAUUCUGACUUGUAACAAUUUGAAUUCGAUAUUGGCCAAUGUUGCUUUUUCAAUGUAAUUUAGUGCUUUAAAUGCAUCACUGCAACAUUUGAAGGAAGUAAACAAACUGAACACAGCUCUGUAUAGCAAAGUACUGUAUUCUCUGCUUUCUAGACUGUAAUCUUGUCCCUUUCACGUCCAGAAAAUUGUGUGGAAUGAGUGGUUUUUGUUCCUGAUAGACCUGAGUAACUUUGGAUUUGGCAUGUAGUAAUGUGAUGGGUAAGAUGAGGCUGUUCAAUGUGAACCACCUCCUCUAAGCAGCUGGCAGGCGAUACAUGAUGCACAGAAACUCUGAUCACAGAACACUUCUUUUACAGGAAAGGAUUAUCCUUGAAUAAAAAUAGACUAGUUUCCAGAGCUGAGGUUAUGUAAGGGUUUACAUGUUGUUGAAUUGUUUAGUUCUUCAGCUUAAUUCUUGGAGCUGAUUUUGCUUGAAACCUUGAUUAAUUUUAAGAGUACUUUAAGAUCUUUCUCAAUCACAUAUUUUGCAUAAAGUAACACUCCAAACACAAUUAUAAAGAUUUUUGGUGCCAGGAUCAUAUAAGUAGCCGAUUUGUUAACAUUUACUCUUUGUCUGGAGUCAGUCAGAAAUCUGUUCCUCAACUCUCUACAGCUGUUGAGAUCUCGUGUAAUUUUUUCCCCCUGAUCUUCCACUGGCUCUUCUGAGCAAAGCCCUGCAGUGCAAGUCAAUGUCACUGGCUGAUAGUGUUGGCGUUUGCUUGUAGCCAAUGAGCCAAGCCCUACACAACCUGACAGCUCAGUGAAGAGCUCUUCCUGCUGCAUGGAGGAGCACCCAUCGGACCCAUAGUAAGAAGCCAAACUAUUGCCAAUCCGCCUCACUACUUAUUUAAGGGGGAAGGUGCCAGGGUACUCCUGUCACCAUAACCACUACAGCACACUGUCCUUGUAAUGUUUGACCAACUAAUUGAGACAUUUUGAAAAACAAAAGCAACCUCCCCCCCAUGGUUUUUGUUCUACUCCCCAACCUCCCUUUUUAGAGGGCAAUUCUAAGCAGCACUACAACUCAGUCAUGGUUAGGGUGUUAUCCCACACCCUGCACUUUUUAGCUUAUCGGUAUUGAAGGAUGGAUGGAUUCAUGUUUAAGUGGGUGACCUGUGCGUGUUAAGUUUUGUAAAACCUCUCAAAUGGUUUGAUAAGACUGUGGUGCCUGUAGCACCAUAACCUUUUGAGUUCUUGAUGGGUAUCUAGAUAUCUAAAGUGUCUGUAUUAUCUCUCCAAACAAGAUUACAUUAAAAUUUUUAGGAUUGUAUUUCUUUUAUUCUUGUAUUAAGCAGUUGUGUAUUGUGUUGGUGGUUUGAGAAGUUAAUGUUUAAUCCUCUUUAAUUGUUAUAGUACAAGUGAAAACCUGUUGAUCUUCCUACCAGAUGUAAAACAACUCUCGUAAUUGGAGUUCAAGCAGUAAAUCCAUUUGGCCAAAUGAGCAGCUAAAACCUAUAGUGGUUUGACCCAUUUCUUUUCAUAUAUUAUACAACCAGUAUAUCUAUGUAUGUGGCUUUUUUUUCUUUUUUUUUUUUCAAAAUCCCCUUGCAGUACUGUGUACUGCAGACAAAAGCAAAAUGUCAUUACCCAGGAGGUCGGAAUCCAUAUCAAUUCUUUUCUUCCCCCAGGGAGUCUACUUUAUUUUUCUUAAUCUUCCAUGCUGAGAGCUUUUGUUUUGCAGAAUUGAAUGUUUUUGCAGCAUAUCCUAGACCGCCAUCCUUUUAUUUAUUUUGUUACAGCUAAGCUUCACAUUUUUAAAUUCAUUGUAGCUUUAAAAUGAAUAAAGGUGGACAGUUAACCAGCACCAAGGUGCCGGUCCACUUUGGACAAAAGGGCAUCCACUUGUAGAUAAGCUGGGUUUCAUUACAGAUUAUCUUGAUGGUCUUAUUUAAACAAGGUGUGAAAAUGGUUUUCUAUUGGACAUAUUUUCCUGUGUGACGUUUCAUAAACAAAUGGUUUUUGUUAAUAUGGCCAAAAUUGAACUUUACACUUACUGUCUUUCAGGUAUGGCCUCACAGCUGCAAGUGUUCUCCCCUCCUUCAGUAACGUCCAGUGCCUUCUACAGUGCAAAGAAACUCAAAGUUGAGCCUUCUGGUUGGGAUGUUACGGGACAGAGUAAUAAGUAUUACGUGCACAGCAAAAACAUUCCAGUCGCUCAAGGACACGUUGCAAGUUCAUCUCACCAGGUCCCUAGUUUUGGUCUGCCUGCCUAUGAGUCCAACCUUCUGAUCCCAGCCGCUGCGGCAGAACACAUUGUGGUGACAGCAGCAGACAGCACAGGCGGGGGCCCCACCACCUUUCAGAGCAACCAGAUUCUUAAUCACAGAAGUAACGUUUCUCUUCUGGAACCUUAUCAAAAAUGUGGACUGAAAAGAAAAAGUGAAGAGGUGGACAGCAACGGUAGCGUGCAAAUUAUUGAUGAACGGCCACCUCUGAUGCUCCAAAACAGAACCGUGGUGGGUGCAGCUGCCACAACCACCACUGUAACUACAAAGAGCAGCAGUUCUAAUGGAGAAGGAGACUACCAGCUUGUUCAACAUGAAGUUUUGUGUUCAAUGACCAACAGCUAUGAAGUCUUGGAGUUCUUGGGCAGAGGAACAUUUGGUCAGGUUGCAAAAUGCUGGAAGCGGAGCACAAAGGAAAUAGUAGCUAUUAAGAUCUUAAAGAACCACCCCUCCUAUGCCAGGCAAGGGCAGAUUGAGGUGAGUAUACUCUCUCGCUUGAGCAGUGAGAAUGCUGAUGAAUUCAACUUUGUGCGAUCCUAUGAGUGCUUCCAGCACAAGAAUCAUACUUGCCUCGUUUUUGAAAUGCUUGAACAGAAUCUCUAUGACUUUCUCAAGCAGAAUAAAUUUAGUCCUCUGCCUCUUAAAUACAUUCGACCAAUACUGCAGCAAGUUGCAACUGCCCUAAUGAAACUGAAAAGCUUAGGCCUGAUUCAUGCUGAUCUUAAACCGGAGAACAUCAUGCUUGUAGACCCAGUGCGUCAGCCCUACAGAGUGAAGGUGAUAGACUUUGGAUCUGCCAGUCAUGUCUCAAAAGCAGUGUGUUCCACCUACCUGCAGUCACGGUAUUACAGGUGAGAUUUGUUUUUUUUCAACUGAAGCAAACUAUUUAUUAAAAGUCCUUAGUUUAAAGGAUUACUGUAAGCACCAUCGUGGUUUCACUAUCUUGAAAUUUUCAUGGUGCUUGUAGUCUCUAUCAGAAUAGAUUCAUGUUGCCCAAGCCCCUUACUCUCCCUACUCUGCCUAUCCUCAGGGAUAUCCCUAAACCUGCAGGGGGAGUUGUGUAUAUAAUCCAUGGAUUGAGCUUCAUGGAGAACUUGGUGUGGGAUCAGUUAAUUUGGUUUUAUUUGAACACUGUAUUAAGUAGAGUUAACCAUUUAAAUUCUUGAAAGGUGUUUGGUCACCCACCCACUCCUCUGAUUAAACAAUUACAUUUUAUAAUACAGAAAUCUAUUUUCUUUCAUUUUUUACUUGUAUAGUGUGUGAACCACUGGAGGCUUAGAGAUGGGCCUGGUGAGUUCAGCUUCUUGCCAGAUGCUAGUCUUAUGACUCCCUACUCCUUGUGUCAAAAAGAAUCUGUCCAUAAGAUACUUAUUUUUUUCACAACUAAAUGAUAGUCAAUUCUUUGGACUGGUAAAUGACAUUUAUAAAUGUUUAGGCUCCCAGGACCCUAGUAUUAACACAUGUCUGUAUUAAAUGUUUCACAUAAGGCAGCAUUUAAAUUUUUCCUUGUAAUUUUGUCAAGUUUAAUUUUGUGCUACCUGAUAUGGCUCAUUUAUUUAAUUCAUGACCCAUGCCAGUUUAUAUUCUGCCGUAAAAGGUAUUUUAUUUUGUUUGUUUUUCAUACAAAAAACAUUUAGCCAGGGCACAAAUUCUGCACAGUAAGACAUAAAAUAGGAACAAUUAAAAAAACAAAAAAAAUAUAUCCCUGUUGGGUAUUGUUAGGAGGGCCUCAUUCCUUUACCUCUUGCUUCGCUUUUGAUAUUAAUGUACUGUUUAUGUUCAUGUUUAAAUUCCUUCUCUCUCCAUUAGUUUGGGUACAAAUACAAACUGGAUAUAUGCGAGCAUUGGCUCAGACCUGCCUAGUAAGGCUUCCAUCCUUAAUUGGUAUUUACCGCCGCCAUAUAGUGUAAAUAAAUAUAAACUUCUUUGGAUUGUAGAUUAUGAAUAUGAAGUUGUAGCAGGGCGUUUUCUUAUUAGUCUUUCUAUCUCGAAGACCUUUGACCAGAACUCCUUCAACUCACACUCCCACCUAUAUGUAAAAAGGAGCCAUAAUAUUUUAAAUCUCAAACACACCAGGGAGCUUGAAUUGUAUAUUUUACCCUUCCUAGUUGGUACCAUAUACCACCUGUUCAUGAUAUUAAAUACCACUUCUAUAAUAUUUAAACAGUAGAUAUUUUUAGUUUUGGGUAACACCUGGCACCAUUCUUUCAUUUUUGUGACAGAGUAUUAAUGUAAGACCAGAGUAAUCCUUUAUUCUGUACGAGUUUUAACAUUAAAUUGGUAAUUUUAUCAGAUGCACUUGUGAUGCUUGGAGGAGAAUGCAAAUGUGUAAAUGAUGGAAGCAGGAUUAUUCUGUAUUUGCAAAAUGCAAAUGUUGAUGCUGAGAGGUGCAGACUAGCAACAUCUGCCUUUAUUCUUAGCUGCUUGACAUGUUUCCUGUUCAGUGAUAUCUGCUUAACACGUUAAUGCAUUUUAUUUUUUGGCCUGGUUUGCCCCUGGCAUAAUGCUGCCUUUUAAAGUAGAUUGCCGACCUGCAGUACUGUACAAUACCCAGGAUUUUCUUUUAUUUGGGAUGUGUAGAUUUUUAAAAUGUGAUAUAUAUUUUUUAAUUUAAAAAAAAUAAAUUUGAUACUGCACAUAAAAUGACAAAAUACCUUCUGUGUACACCAUGUGCAGCAGACACCCUACUGUCUGCAGGAACUGAGAUUGGUUUUCUGUUGAAUGCUAUACAUUUUCAAUCAGCGUAGGCUUGGGAAGAAUCCAGGAACAUGGUAGACCCACAAGCCGCUUCAGUCUAAAGGCUGGAAAAAAUUUAUUCAAUUUUACUUAAAGUACACUAUAUAUAGUCACCAGAAUAUUAAGCUGUAGUUUUGGUGACUAUAUAGUGUCCCUUUAAGUCAAAUUGAUUACAUUUUGCCGGCCUUUAGACUUUAAGCAGCUUGUUAAAGCAGUCUGAUGGGCUAAAGCUCAAGUAACAAAAAGAAUGCUCUUCCUGUGUUAGCAGCGUGAAUGCUGAACAAUGUUCAUUUAAAUGUACCUACACAGGAUUAACAAACUGCUGGUAUCAAAACCCAAAAGGUCCGUUUUGGCUAAAAGCUUUGAUGCCAGCUUAGGACACAUGGGUAAUAGAAAAAGAGUGGGCUCUAAUAUAUUUUUUGUUUUCCUGUUUAAUAAAUCUUCAGUGGUGUCAAAUUUGUUUCCUGUUAAUAUGGAGAACUAAAUGUAGGUUGAUGGGGAGGCGGGAGAGCAAAUACAAUUUUGAAGGCUGCAGCCUUAUGCUCCAAUUGUUUUUAACAUAAUGAAGGGGUUUGAAUGCACUUUAUCUCGACUGCUUAUACUGUGUUUUUUCAUAUAAGGUUUGUUGCUGCUGCCCCCCUCAAGCUUGUAUCUUGGGACCUGAGGAGGCUUUAUAAAUACACUGCUUCUCCAUAUGUUUCCAUAUCCUAUAAUGUCAAAUAUUCAGCCGGUUUUCAAAAACCAUAUGGUCAUAAAAUCAAAUGCAAUACAAUCUGGGAGUGUCCUAGAUUUAAGCAGAGAACUUGCCACACCUUUAAUUUUAACAAUGAUGACUUGAAUAGUCUGUUAAGUGUAAGCACUUUGCUGUUAGUGACACCCUUAGAGGUAUCUUAUUUAGGAACAGUUGCUAUUUUCCCUCUUUUUAAAGCAAUAUUUCAAUAGCUUAGUACCAGAAGCCGAUUAAUAUGCUGUGUAACUUUAGUUUUUGAUUGUGUUCUGCUGUGAAUACUCUCCACCAUAAGGUUUUUUGUUUUUUUAAAUUCCCUUUAACACUUCUCAAUUUUGUAUUACCUUUUUAAAAAAAAAAAAAAGUAAAAUGAACUUGAAAUGGGACAAUCUGUUUUGUGCAGUGCUAAAGACUUAUGGGCAGUGGGAUUUAUGUGCAACCUUCCUCACUCCAGAAAGAACCCUAGAGAGCAUUCAGAAUGUGUUGUACGGAUUUGUGACACUGGAAUACAUUGCCAAGCAACUGGUGUUUAUACUUUAGUGACUGGUUUAGUUUGAGCUUUACAUUUCAAUGCUGUGGUGUUUUUGACUGCCUUCUUGACUGACUAGCAACAUUGUAAAAAGAACACAAACCUGUGUGUGUAUAGAUUAGCCUGUACUGUUGUAAUUCGUAACACAUGCACACAAGAUCUGAGGUUGCAUUGGUUUUAGUAGGCUUGCAUACAAGAAGGGUCAUAUAUGUAAUCCAUGAAAGCAGCUUGAAUUGCUGAAACUUAUUCCAGAUUUUUCUAAAAGAAAGUUCCUUAUCCCUGGAGACUUGGCAGACAAGGGACAAAUUGUCUUCUAUCCAGUGAUGUUUCUAUAAUGUUGGUAAUGGCAUUGGUGCUCCAGAGUUUCCGAUUGAUAAACCCACAUUUCCUUCUAGGCUUGAUAAACAAAGUGAUUCUUACCCUAGGUGAACCUGAAUUUGGGUGUUUUUAUUGCCAGGAUACUGACGUACUGGCUCACUUUAAGGUCUUUUUCCUAGUAAGAUAAGAGAUGCUUGCGCUUUUUCCAGUUUGUCCAUCUACAUGAAAUACAAAAGUAGACCUUGCAGACUGUUUCGCUAAGGGUAUUUUGACACUUCUGUAGCAAUUAAACUGCCAAAUCCUUAGCUAUUGUAGUAUAUAUUGUUUCUCUUUAUAAUUCUCUUUGUGAUCAAACCCCUAAAUUAUGCUUUGCAAACCCUUCUAACCAAAUCAAUACCUCCAAUGUAUGCCUUUCUCUCACAAAUUUGUGAAGCUAGUGUCAUGAGACUUGUCAAAGUAUAUAACAAUGCUUAAUCCUAAACCAAAUCUACUCCUAAAUAAACCUAACCUUAAUCAUAACCCAAUUCUGUGCCCAACAUUAAUUUUGCUUUUUAUCCAAACCCUCACACUAUAAAUGUCAGCAGAGGGAUUCCCUUGCUGGCUUGAAUCCUAAUCCAAACCAUAAUCUGAAGCCUAAACCCAUUUUAAAUAUAACCCGAAUACUAAACCUAAUAUUUGUACAAAUCUAAUUUUUAUUUCUAAUCCCAAAGAUUUCCCUCGAAUAGUAGUAUUAAUAUUGGUAAAUGGAAUUAUAAGCUGAAAGUGAUGUGUUGCUGCCAUCUACUGGAGGGAGACACUUCAAGGUCUUUUCAGACCCGGAGUGUCUCCCAAUCACCAAAUUGGUCAGCUUCAGUUUCUCUAGUGAUGUAAAAGUCUAGGUAUAUGCUGUUCUGACUUUAUUAAAGACUGACAAUAAAAAUAAAAUUGCCCCAGCUGACAAGGGAGCCCCAUUAUCUACUGAUUCCUGGGUUUCUUAAUGUGAGCAGGGAUUUAACCUUGCACACACUGUAUUGUGACCAUGGGGAUUUAAUUAUUUUAUUGCAGCACUUUAUUUCUCCUGAACAAGAUUAUACAGUGGAAACUCGAACGUUCCAGUUCCCGAACAAUUCGGAAUGGGGAAAUAAAGUUAUGCAUAAAGUCUACGCGAACGAUCCUAUCCAAACACAUCACAUGGCAUUCAGAGGGAUAAAACUGUGAGAUAAGGAAAUAUGGGCAGAUGAACUAUGUAAAGGGAUAGAGGGGAAUAUAUGGAGAGGAAAACCAGAGGGCACAGGGGCACAAGUGAAGGGAUAUGGACAAUUAUUAUGCAAGGAGAAAGAGGACAAUAUAAGGAUACCAGAGGGACUAUGGACAUAAGGAUACAAGCAGAGGGAAGAGGGGUAUCCAAUAUCUUGAACCUGGUACAGCCAUUCUAUAUGCCUUUGUAUGUAAUGCCAGAAGAACAGUUGCCUAGCCCAAUGCAUGUAACUUUGGGGGUCUGGAAUGGAUUAAACAAAUUUACAUUAAUUCCUAUGGGAAAUGUUUAUUUUAUUCUAGAACAAAUCGGAACUCUAACAGCCUUCUGGAACAGAUUAAGUUCGAGUUCAGAGGUUCCACUGUGUAUGGUUAGUGCACUGAAUUAUGGCUGAACAAAACGAAUAGCUAAAAUUUAAGUUUUUGUUCGGUUUUAGAAGUUGGAUAACUUUAUCUAUAACCCUUUUAAGGACCCACAUGAUUGUUAUGCCAGGGAAAGGCAACCUUCAGCACUCCAGAUGUUUUGAACUACAUGUACCAAGGUGCUUUGCCAAUAUUUGGGCUGUCGGCGCAUUAUCAGAUGUAAUCCAAAAAUCUGGAGUGCUGAAUGCUGCCUUAUCCUGGCAUAGACUGUAAAAAAUAAAGGUUGUAGUGACUUCUAAUUUAAGUAAAAUGUUUAUAUUUUGUAGAUACCAAAAACGUAACUGUCAAAAUCCUUCCAGAUCACUGCUGGCAAAGUGGCUUAUUCUCAUAAGAAUACGCAUAUAGGACUUUGGUGUUUUUGUAGGCUUCAUGCACUGUAAUUUUUUAAAAAAUAUUUUACGUCAGGCCUGCUUUGCAAACUUUAAAGUUUUAGUGAGUGCACUGGUUUGUGUAUAUGGAUCUGGUAAUAAAUGUGCAUAUAUGAGGACUGGCUGAUACAUUUUGCCUCUGCUGUAAUAUUUUUAGUUACAUUUAACAUAACUGGAGGAAACGCCUUCUGUGGAGUCACAUUGUAUCUCCCCUCCAUCAUUCUUGACAUUGCACACAGAUGCUUAUACUUCCCACCCAGCAGUUCAUUGAAUACUGCCAUAAGGGAUCACCCCCAGGCCUCAGCUGGGAAGGUCAUGUUUUAUGUUAAGGAUUUUUUUGUUGGAAUUCUGAACAUGUUCUUGAAAAAAGAACAAACUGAUUAUUUUUAAUACGGUAAGAGUUUCAAUGUAACGUACACAGAUUGAAAUAAGGAACUAAAUCCCUUCAAAGCAACGCCAACGCCAGGCAACGCCAACGCCAGUGCAGCAAAAAGAUGUGAUUCAACACCUGGACUGUUCAGUACUGCUGCAUCCACUGUACAGCCCAGACCUGUCUUCAAAACUAGUGCAGCUUGGCUGACGUUUUGGUGGUUUUUUUUUUGUAGGGAACAUAAUUGUGUAGCUUUGUAAAUGUAGGUAUAUUUCUUUUAUUUCAUUAAAAUAUCCUUUACUGUUAACUUUCUACUUACGUGGGGGGGGAGGUGUGCAAAUAAAAUGUAUAUUUGAAGAGUGAGAAGACUGUUGCUAAGGGGAGAGGUCUGAUAAUGGCUGUUUACAUUAAGGUAGCAAUAAGUAUUGCAUUUUUGCUUCUCUAUCAGCAUUGUUUAAUAGCUGUAGCAAAUGGCUUUGACAUGUGAACAGAUUGUGACUUAUACUGCAGUGAUGUCAUGUAAUGCAUUUUCUUUACCCCUCCCCUCCACCGCCACCGCCAGGUGUUUCUAUAUAUGCAUAUAGAUGAAAAUUGGUGAUUUUUGGAUCUUAUGUACUGAACCUUUGUCUCCAAGGAAACUGAGAUCUGAACAAGAUGCUCUUUAAUAGUGAACACCUGGCUGUCAGCUCUGUUUUGUAUCAGACUCUUAAGUCCUUGACAUUUUAUUCUUUACUGACCACGUCUCGCUUUUCUUCUAUUUUUAGUCUAAAAUAGAUGCAUUUUUAAAAAGUUUAAUUCAAAGAAAAUUGAGAAUUUUAAAUCUAGUUUAUCACUGUUCCUUUUUUAAUGUUCUGCAUGGGUGCAGAAAAAUCUCUAAAUGCUGGCCUGCUUGAAUACAAUGUUUUGCAUGGUCUAAAACACAUUUAUGCACUAAAACCACUCGAGGAAAUAUUUUCAGGGGCAGAGCUUAACCUUAAAAAAGAGCACUCUCAUUUCACAUUGAUCCUCUAGCAAAACUUUUUUUGGGGGGGGGGGAGGGGGGUAGGGUGGGGGUACACCAGGACUUGCCUUCAAGAUCCAUACUUAUAGAUUCCCUUCACCGGCAGCCACUGCCUAAAAUGGUAGCAGCAGGGAGCCACAAGGUAGAUGUACCGCCUGAUCCCACGCUAGCUUAAUCAUCCCCAUGGCAUGAACCAUUGGUGCAAAUGCAUGCCAUACUGGACACCCAAGAUGGGUUGGUUCCUGAUGCUAAGCAAGACUUUCACAAUUUGGUUGUGAAAAAAUAAAAUCUACUGGCAGCUGAUGGGGCAAUCAUUAAGCACACAUCCAAGUGGUUAGACAUCAAAAUUGUGUUAAGGCCUCGGAGGAAGACUUUAUGACCUUAAGCAGGGCUUUCUUUUCUAAAGGACUCUGUACUAACCUUGCAAGCUAAUCAACAUGCUCUCGCACUUCAUUACACUGCUCUUGAUGACUGAUCUCACCGCAAUCACCUGCAGAUCAGAUGUACCCAAUACAAUCACACCAGAAGAGCUUCUCCACUACAUAAGAUGCCUUGUGUCAGUAUUACAAAGUCAGGCCAAGAAGUUUUUGCUUAGAUGGGAUCUACCAUCUCGCAAAGUCCACGAUGCGUGAUGUUAUCGUUCACCGGAUAAAAAGGUCCAGCACUCCAGGGCAGGACACCAUUUAACUUUUUUGAAGGCUCUAACCUCACUUUUACCAGGAACUCGCCUGGUUUAUUUUAGUGGCGAAGGUCUCUAAAUCUUGUUACCAGUCAACUGAGAGCAGCUGGAGUAUCACUGGGUGUCACCCUGGCUCCUAGUGGUCACACACAAUGGGACUGUGCACAAGAUAUCCACUCCUAUAGAAUACCCUGCUCUCCUAAGAACUUUGGGUUUACCUCUCCCACAGAGUAAUCCUGAUGGGCAGCCAAGCAUGCAUGUCUGGGACCCCAAAUGGGUCAUUUGGCCCCGUAAACAGGAACGCUAUUGGUCACGGUGUAUGCAGUUUGAAUUCUUGUUUUGUUAUGCUAACGUUCUUAUUCUAAUUGUAAUCAUCUUGGUGGUGUCCUUCUUCGAAUUGUAAGGACGGAGGCAAUUGUCAAAGUUCUGACCAAAACGAAACUUCGAAUUUUAGCUGUCAUAUUAACAGGACACUCCAGACACCAAAUCCACUAAGGACUCCGGAUGCACGCUUACCUCAAGGGAUUAAACUUCAGGAAUUGUUUAACCCCUAGUUAUCUCCAGCGAAGAUCUGCUAUCCCCCCUUCCCCAGCGUGGCAUCUGGCUUCUGAAAUUUCACUUUUCAUUAAGCAUGGGCACCACUGCGUAUAGCCGACAAUGUCCUAAAACUGCAUUCUGCUGUUGUCAUGGUGUGUGUGUGAGACUUGGCACAUGAAACUUGAAAAUAAAAUUUUUAGAGGAAGCAACACUAGUGACUGUCCCUGCAUGUUAAGAUGUAAUGGUUUUGCUGCUUACUUCUUCAUAGACACACGUUCAUCAUAAACUCUUGGAGUCCCUUUACACAAAGGGCUGGACUCAAGGGGUCCGCCUUAUUACACCACAACUUUGCAGGCACUUUAAGCUGCAUUCUUUGCCAUCCCUGUCCUGCCUGCCAGGAUGUAUUUAUUGUAAAUAUAGAGGAUAUUGUGAAUGUAUAGGGGCUAUAGUGUAAAUGUAUAUUAAAGGAAGUGUAAUAUGUUAUGAAACUAGUACUCCAAAUAUACUUGUAUGUAACAAUACAAUACUUAUUUUAAUAUGCAUAAUGCUCUCAGCCUUCCCGGCCUAGCACUGGGUCUGCACCCUUUCCAUCACUUGAUUCCUUGUUCCCAUAUCUGUACUUCAUACACUAGUGUUUGCCACUGAGCAAUGACUUGAUCUAUCCUGUGAUACAACUAUAUACUGUACAAUAUUGAGUUUAAUUUCUAAGGAACUGGUGUUAAUACACUCUGCACAUUCCUUGUAGGUUUAUUUAUAUAAAGCUUUGUUGCAGACUCAUAAACCACUUAUUUUAGGUACCCUAACAAUUUCACUUCUCUGCCUGUCAAGCUCAUCUCUCCCCUCAAAUAUCUCAUAAUUCUAAAUGAAUAUGCUGGCAGAAUUUUCUAAUCCAUAAACAAUUGUGGAACAGGGGAUGUUGAACAAAAUUGACACGAGGUGAAGACUGCUCAAACAAACUUACAAAUGUUUUUUUUUUUUCCUGUUAACACCCAGUGGAAGUUCAUGCUUUAGCGGCUGACGUGUGAAAUGUUACCCAACUUUUUGUACGUCAGUCUCUAAGAAUCCCAAGUACUAAAGAUAAAUUCUUACAGGCAUUAACCAAAUGGCAAUGUAAAAGGCCCUUUUAUAUAUUGGCAGAAGGGUUAUUUUUUUCCUCUGCCUUUAAAAGGCCGUGAGUACCAAAACAACCUUAACUUAAUUUGUGUGUACAAAUCAUGCCCCUGUAGCAUCACUUUAAUUCCGUCAUUUAGGAGUUGAAUCGGUUUGGUUUUAUAGGGGUGAAACUUAAUUCCCCAUGCAAUCUAGAUAAAUGUAGAAAUACAAUCCUCCAUUUUGUCAACUUUUUUUUUAAUCUUACAAAAGUCCUGCGCUCAAUCUCCCACUACCCUUGGGCAGCAGCAACGGCCAUCGUGCACAUCAGCCCCAAUACUUUUUUUUUUUUCAUCUUGUCUAAUGGUUAUGUAAAAUCCACCGUGAUGCUUCCCCCUCAAUAUUGGUUUUAUGUUGCUGCUGCAGUGUUUGAUUGUAUGCCUUCUGUACUCUUUCUCGCUCUCAGAGCUCCUGAAAUAAUCCUUGGGUUGCCUUUCUGUGAAGCAAUUGAUAUGUGGUCACUGGGCUGUGUCAUAGCAGAGCUGUUCCUUGGGUGGCCACUCUAUCCUGGUGCAUCAGAAUAUGAUCAGGUAAGACCUAACGUAAUUUUACAGAAACAUGUGUUGUAAAUUGGAAAGUACUUAUUAAAGCACCACUAUAGUUGCCCAGGCCAUGAAAUGGUCUCAGUGCAGUGGUUGUGUAUGCUUGAAAGUUUUAAGAUGUCAUACUUACAGCCGCUGGAGGCACGUCUGCUGCACUGACAGAGUGACUCUGCAGCUCAUAGGAACACAUUCUGUAAUUUCCUGUGAGUAGAAUUGGAUGUGUGCACAACAUGCAUGACUUGUACAGGUCACAGCAUUCAAAUUUUGGCAAGUCUUUUAGAUCUGCUAUUUAUUGGGUUUGAGGUUAAUGACUAUCAAAUUGGCUACACAAUCUAUGUAUAUCCUCCCCUUCUAAUGUAUCGGAUGCUACACCUGAGCCUUUGAAGUCCUGUGUCUUGCAUCCCAAGUCCUGUCUUGCAGUAGAAAAUUGAUAAAUUGGUGAGGAAGCAUUAGUCCUUUAGCUACCUAUGCAGCUUUUUUGUUUUUGAAGCACUCCAUAUUUGAUAAAAUGUAUAAAGAAAAGGAGAGGUGGGGUGGGAGAAGAGUAUAAAACAUUUAAGAUACAGGGUUAUAAUGAAAACUGGAAGUCUAUACUUGACAGUGCUGUGUGAACUAAAUUUAAAGGAUCACUAUAGUGUCAGGGAAACACUAAUUUUCCUGAUGCUAUAUCAUCCUUGGGUCCCCCUCCCUUCGUGCUGUAGGGGUUAAAACCCCUUCAGCUACUCACUUUAAUCCAGCGCCGGGCUCCCUCAGUGCUGGUGAUUUUUACUGCCCCGAUGACGUCAGCUACAGAGCAGAAUGCGCAUGCAUGGCAAGAGCCGCGCGCCUUGUCCAUAGGAAAGAAUUUCUCAAUGCGUUCACUGAGCUGAAUUGGUCUGGAUGACUAGUGUCCUUUUAAGCCAUGUUAUAAACAUAAAGCAAUCCUUAUAGUGUUAAAUGUCUGCUUUAAAUGACCACUUAGUCUUAAUGAAGUGAUAUGGUUGUAAUGGUACUGUUUUUAACCCUGCAAUGCUAAACAUGUUAAAGCCUCGCCUCUUUGAUGUCUUGGCGCUUGAAAAAGUGUAAAUUUUCUUUUUUCCCAGGUUUUUACAACAAACUGAAAGGACUGGGCUCUAAAGUGUUAGGAAUACAAGCUUGUAUUCCUAACAUUAGUGUUCCUUUAAAGGUACACUAUGGGCAUCAUAACCACUUCAUCUCUUUGAACUGGAUAUGACUACAGUACCCUGUCGCCAUUCCUCUGUUCCCUGGUAAAUGGUUUAAUUUUUAAUGGUGCAUUAGUCACUGGUCACCUUGACAUCUCCCUGCUGCUCCUGCUUUGGCCAACACUUCCUUGUUAACACUAGUGAUAGAAGGUUGCAACUGUCACUUGACUGCUAUCGGUCUGCGCUCAACACCCAUUGUUUCUAUGGCCAUAACAAUCCCUAUAAGCAAUGGACGGCAGUGAUGGGAAUGUUUUCUCUGCUAGAAAAUGAGCAGAACAAGCAUGAAUGUAAAGAUGGUUUGUGAAAUGGUGAAACUUUUCUGCAAAAAAUGUUAAGUGUUAUUUCAAGCCUUUUAAUACUCUAUUUGUUUUGUUCAAUUAUUAUUCAGAUUGUCCUUCUCUAAUAACUGAAAUAGUUAAAGGUAUUACUUAAAACUUGGCACCAGAGGAAGCCCCUGGCAAUGCUCUCUACCUCUCUGCAGCCGCAUGAGGUACAGUCAAAAGCUUCUCAUAAAGAAGCCUCUGAUUGGACCUGUUAACGGACUCCGAUCAUGCACAUGCUUUGAGCCAGAAAGGGACGCAGAGGUUCCUACCACCACAACCUCUUCCUACUUCUAAAAUCAGAUGGGCUCUUGAUGGUUGGAAUAUGCCUUUAAAUAUUUGACCUGUUGUCAACAAAGCGACCAAUGUCAUGCCAAAGGAGGAUAUAUUUUGUUUUAACACGUCAGUACCUUGCUGUGAGUAAUGUGAAUCAAGGGUAGUUAAUUGCAUGUGUGAAACUGUUCAUUUUUCAGAUCCGAUACAUAUCCCAGACUCAAGGUCUUCCUGCAGAGUAUCUUCUCAGUGCUGGAACAAAAACUUCAAGGUUUUUCAACAGAGAUCCUGACUUGGGCUAUCCCUUAUGGCGGCUGAAGGUUCGUUCUUUGAGGGGGGAAAAAAAUGUUAGCUUCCUAUUAUGCACUAAACAAUUAUGUAUCUAAUGUUUUUACGAGCUAAUAAGCCAGAAGAGGGUACAAUUUACACAGCUUGAGUGGGAGCUGACUGAGCAAUCGAAUUUGCCUUUUUACUCACUCAUUAAUGCAGUUGUUUUGGGCAGGCACCAUAAUCGUUGAGCUAUUGUGCUGUUUGGUCAAUCAGUCAGCUGUCAUGCCCAUAGCCUUCCAGUGGUUUUCAAAUAUGAACGGAACUGAUAUUGCUUAUGCUGCUGAGAAUCACCCAGCUUUCCCAAUUCUGGCAUUGUGGAUCUGGGCAAGCAGUGCUUUGAAGAUCCCUAUUUUGGUGCAAAUUGGCAACCACUCCCAAGGGCUAAUGGAACCUAACUCAUCAUAUAGUGUUUAUGGUGCCUAGACUGCUCGUUUGUGUUCUAUAAAUUUAAAUGGCCAAAAUUUGUGCAGUUCGUUACAUUGAGAUUUAAAUUUUUUUGUUUUCUUCCUUAAGUCAGGCGAGGACUAGACCUAGUUAUUCAUAAGUGUACAAAUGAAAAACCUUACUAGUUAUUCUAUUAAAGGUAAUGCAUCCUGCCUGAUCCUUGCCAUGAAAUUACUACAGUAAAGGAUGGGAAAGAAUGUUUUCACAUGCGGGAUGUUCUCAAUCUUCCUUGUGCAUUUGGUUGGAAAUGCCUAUAUUGUGGUGGCCUUUCUUACCAUUCUGUGAUUUUGUAUACCAUUUGCAACAGACCCUUGUACUUUCUGAUGUGUUUUUUUUUUUUUAACAAACUUGCCUUACCAAUGGCAUACCAAUUUUGUGGCGGUUCAAACUGAAAUGGAGAAAAUAGUUCUAUUAAUGGCAGGUGGCAAAUGUCAACGCUGAUGUAGCUUUUGAGAAAGCUUUAUCUAUUGCCACAUGAAUAUGUGCUGACUGUUUUUGCAGAGUGCAUUAAAGGACAACUAUAGUGCCAGGAAAACACUUGUUUUCCUGGCACUAUAGUGCCCUGAGGGUGCCCCCACCCUCAGGGACCCCCUCCCGCCCGGCUCUGGAAAAGGGGUAAAACGUACCUUUUUCCAGCGCUGGGCGGGGAGCUCUCCUCCUCCGUUCCUCCCCGUCGGCUGAAUGCGCACGCGCGGCAAGAGCUGCGCGCGCAUUCAGUCGGUCGCAUAGGAAAGCAUUAUCAAUGCUUUCCUAUGGACGCUUGCGUGCUCACUGUGAAAAUCACAGAAGCACGCAAGCGCCUCUAGCGGCUGUCAAUGAGACAGCCGCUAGAGGCUUUGGGGGAAGGCUUAACCCAUUCAUAAACAUAGCAGUUUCUCUGAAACUGUUUAUAAAAGAAUGGGUUAACCCUAGCUGGACCUGACACCCAGACCACUUCAUUAAGCUGAAGUGGUCUGGGUGCCUAGAGUGGUCCUUUAAGCAAACUUUGUCCCAAUUAUAUACAUUUUUUCUAAGGCUGUGUUGGAAAGUUAUGUUCUAUGCAGCCAUGGUAAAGCAAUGUCUUUUUGAGCUUUUUUCCGGUUUACCUCUUCAAAACAUGCUUUAUUUGUAAAUGUACAAAAGAUUAUGGUAAGAGUACCUAAAAGGAAACUUGGGUUUUCAAAAUUUGAUGUCACUGCUAUCCAGCAUAAGUAAAACUGAAUUCUAAAAACAGAUCUGUAUUAUAAAUGGUGCAAUAUUGCAAAUCAUGUACAUUGUUUUGGUUUUAGACCCCUGAGGAGCAUGAAAUGGAGACUGCAAUAAAGUCAAAAGAAGCAAGAAAAUACAUCUUUAAUUGUUUGGAUGACAUGGCUCAGGUAUACUUGUAUGUUUUGUACGGCUUAAUGUUGGUGGUGGCUAAAGCCCGUCGUGUAGGGAUGAUUGCCUACCUGCCAUUAUUUCAUGUCCAAACUUAAAGAAACCAUAAAAAUUACUAAAGUGCCAUACACUCAGUGUUGGUGCCACACACACUUAUAUGUAUGUUACUACAAACAUUAUAAAACAAUUUGUCUUGCAUGCCACUUUUGAUUUCUUAAGAAAAAGUGACGUGGACAGUUCAAAAUAACUAUUGUCCUUUAAGAAAAAUAAAAGGAGGGAAAACUAUUCAAAGGGAAUUUCUGGCGCCAUCCUAGUAAGUUAAAGGUCCAAUAACCAAAAUCUUUGUAUCAAUACAAAUUACCUGGUUUACAAAGGUGUUUUUAAAACUUUCAUUACAUUGCAGUGUUUUGUAUGUGUGCCCUUUAUUUUAGCAUUAAAUGUGCUGUUGCACUGCCUUAUCUUCAUGUAUGUUCAGUGCCACGUUAAUAAUUGAAUUUUUCUGGUUUCCUGUCUUUUAUUUUUUAAAUGUCAACUUUGUUUCCCUCCUUAUGUUUACCAAUAGGUAAAUAUAUCUACAGACCUAGAGGGCACUGACAUGUUGACAGAGAAGGCAGAUCGAAGAGAAUAUAUAGACUUGCUGAAGAAAAUGUUGACCAUUGAUGCGGAUAAAAGGAUAACCCCUUUGAAAACCCUAAACCAUACCUUUACCACAAUGACCCACCUGCUUGACUUCCCGCACAGCAACCAGUGAGUAACCUCUUUUAAAGUACAUGCAUAGUUGUGGUUUGCUUUAUGUAAGCUUUUGAAUUGUACUGUUGACUAGACAGGUCAGUUUGGUCAAGUGCUUUUCCUUUUUAAGUACACUAGUAAAAUGUAACCAGUUUUAACAGGUCCUUUAAUAUUGAGUCAUGUGACCCAAAAUAAUACCAAAAAGUGCUGAAACAACUUAUUUUCAUCACACGGGAAGGGCAUAAGUCUUGGCCAACAGUGCACAUUGGAUCUGACCUAUAAAUGCCUUACAUUUUGCAUAUGUAUUCCUUAAAUGAAAACUCUUUGACUGGAAUGUGUUUUGAAUGGUCUUGCUACUGAUGACCAUAACCCAAUAGUCUAACAUAUUGGUGCUCUACCAAGCCCAUGCACACCACCUUGUUCUGUCGACAUGAGGUUCAUUUUCUUAGUCCUGUUUUUUUGAGAGGACCAGUUCUCCGGGAGUAAUAAUGGUAUAAUCCAAUAGCCGCCACAAAUCUGUCUUUAACUUAUUUAACAGAUUUAUACUAAUUCAAUUUGUUCCCUCUUCAAAGAGAUGGUCAUGUGUCUUGGUUAGUUAUUUACUUUAUAACUCUAUAGGAUGCAUGUUUUUUUGCUAAGGGCCAGCAAGGUAACUAUGUAUUUUUAUUUUUUCAAUCGGGUUGGCAUUUUAAACUUUAAAUUUUUUUUUGUCCCAUAUCCCUCCAAAGUAGUUUGCAAAACUCCAAAGUUUAUUCACUAAACAUUUCAUACUUAAGUGAAUAAACCUGUAAAAGUAGUUCUGAUCCAAAGAGUGGCAAAGAAUGAGGAAAGGUAAAUCUGAGCAAACAUUUCAGAAUGGGUUUCUAAGGAGCUUUCUUUAUUUACUAGAUUGUAAUCAAACCAAACUUACCCUAUGGUAGGCGUGUAUUUCAGGAGAAAAAAUGGAAAGUUGGAUGGUGGGUGUGGGGAGACUGUCGGUAACACUUUAAUGCUGACUUGUUCUCCAUUCCAUGCAGUGUAAAGUCCUGUUUUCAGAAUAUGGAGAUAUGUAAGAGGAGAAGUAAUAUGUAUGAUACAGUGAAUCAGAUCAAGAGUCCCUUCACAACCCAUGUUGCUCCAAAUACAAGCACAAACCUGACCAUGAGCUUCAACAAUCAGCUGAACACUGUGCACAAUCAGGUAAGCAAUGCACCAUAGACCAGAUUGGUAAUCCACGGGUAGAACAUCAGUGGUGCAGCUUUACAUUUUUAAUUCAAAAUUGAAUUCUGCUUUACUGUAUACAGUGCAGAGUCCAGGUCAAGCUGCUGGAAAUUCAGCAUAAAAGAUUAGCAAUGUCCAUGCCAGGAAUAACACUUUAACUUUUUUUUUUUUUUUUUUUCAUAUAACACAAUUUCCAAUUACUUCCCUCUGGUGCUUAAACUCCCACAUCAAUACAGAUAUUGUAGUAGAGCUAGGUAAAACACAUUUACUUGCCUACCUUCUGCAUGUGGCUGUUAUUUAAAUGGGUUAAGUUAUUAAAAGUUAAAUGUGGAACACUUGCAUUGGGGAAAAUUAUUUUCCAGCUUUACUGACUCACUGAAGCAAAUUAAAGUGUUCUGUGGGAGAUUGCUCUUCCUACGUAACAUAACCAAUUAUCCAGCAUUCCUGCACGUUUCUUUCAUGGAUCCCAUGACACUAGAAAGUGAUCAUGUGUUCUUUUAAUAAAAGGGCACUAGAUUAAUAUAAUUUUACUGGUCUGUGAAAUGGCUUACACAUCACUGCAGACUAACUAUAUCACACAAACUAGUUACCACAUGGCUUGCUUAAAAUGGUGUACUGUAAUCGUGGAACGGUCAGCUGUGAGGUUUUUAGGUGACAAAUGAUUCUGUUUAAAAAAAACCUGACAAAGUAUUCCAGAUGCCACAUACAACAUAAACUGGCUCUUGUAAUUGGCAAAUAUUGUGCGAUAUAGCAGAAAUCAAAUGGACAUCUAAGAAUAUUAAUGCCAGUCAGUUGAAUGCUGGGAAAUUGGACUUGCAUUGCAUGUCUACUGGAAACAAUUUUUUUUUAUAUAUGUUGGGGUUUUGCACUACAGCUAAAUUUCUUCUAAAACUUAUACAUGUUUUAUCUCUAGGCUAGUGUGCUGGCUUCCAGUUCAUCUGCCGCUACUCUUUCAUUGGCCAAUUCGGAUGUCUCUUUGCUUAACUAUCAGUCGGCUCUCUACCCACCAUCUGCUGCUCCAGUUACUGGUGUGGCACAGCAAAGUGUGUCAUUGCAACCUGGAACAACACAGCUCUGCACCCAAACAGAUCCAUUCCAGCAGACCUUUAUAGUCUGUCCUCCAGCAUUUCAAGGUAAGCAAUCUCCGUUUGAAAUAUGUCAACUCGUGGAAGCACUUUUAUUCUAUGGUUUUGCUCAGAUCAGCCACAAAUGCCCAAAAAGUAGACUGCCUAGCACAAAGUUCGAAAUAAUGGGUUAAUUUUCCAGUAAAACAUUUCACUUUUUCACACUGCUCUGGCUCUUGAGAUGAUAGCCAAUCUAAGAGGAGCAUUAGGAACUGAUAGAAAACAUUGAAUUCAAUGUUUUCUUAAGAGAAGCAUUUGGAUGCUAUGAGCUGCAGCCCCAUGUGGAACUCCAUCCUUUAGCCCACAACUCUAGAAUUUUCUGUGGCAUGUAUCCUAGGUCUCUUCUACUAUAAAAGCUCAAUUUUAGUUGGAAUUUCAAAUAGGGAAUAUUCUAGGUCAGCGGAGUAGAGUUAAGAGUCAUGUGAGGUUAAAGCGGCACUGUCAUGCUGAACUUACCUUUCCUCGAUCUCUUCCUCUUCUCCCUCUCUCUCAGGAUCUGUUCUUCUUUUCUUCCUGUCUUCUUUAGUUUUCUUUAAAAUCAUAAGACAAAGUAGGGACUCUUUGCCUUAUGGAGGAUUCCUCUGCUUGACCAGCUCUGACCAGCGGAGGAGCAAAGUGUGCUUCAUUUCCGCUGGUCGGAGCAAUUUUCCCAUGAUCCUUACUUUUCCUCUGUUCCCACGAUGCUUCCUGUCAUUUUACACAACUGCCGAAUUGCAUUCUAACUGAAUGACAACAGUAUGUUCGUUUCUUUUAGAACGCAAUUCGGCACUUUAUUCGGAUCAGAAUUUCAUUCAAAUGAAUGAAACUCCGAUCCUAUUCUUGCUGUGGCUGCAUCUUGCAGCCACUUAGUAGAUAGCUGCCUAUGCGGUGGGUGGGGGUCAUAAUGAUAAUGGGGGGACCUAAUGCCCCACCCCUGGGCAGCGGGUGGGGGCCAUAAAGACAAUGGGGGGCCUACUGUCCUCCCCCCUCACCUUCACUCGUGGGUGGGGGUCAUAAUGAUGGGGGGGGACACCUACUGCCCACCCCUGGGCGGUGGGUGGGGGCCAUAAUGAUAAUGAGGGGGGGACCUACUGUCCACCCCCCCUCCAGCCCCCACCCCUGGGCGGCGGGUGGGGGCCAUAAAGAUAAUGGGGGAGGGGGGUGGCCCUGGGCAGCGGGUGGGGGCCCUUAAGUCAAUUUUUUAUUUGGGUGGGGUGACUAGGGCUUGGGGACCCCUAGUCACCGAGGGGCAGUAGGUCCCCCCCCUCAUUAUCAAUAUGGCCCCCACCUGCUGCGCAGGGGGGGGAGGGAGACAAUAGGUCUCCCCCUUAUUUUACUUUAGGGCCCCCACCCAUUGUUUAGGGGUGGCGGCCAAUAGUUUAUUUUUUAUUUUUUAAGUGAGCAGCCACAGGCUGCUCACUACUUAGUGGACAUGCCCCUACUCACGGUAUAGCGAGUAGGGGCAUUGGGGAGAUUUUAAUCUCCCUUAUGCUAUUAUGGGGGUCAUAUUGACCCCCAUAGAGUGAGGGGGGACCUGGGGGGGGCUUAUGAAGUGGUGGGGAGCACUGCUCCCUGCCGCUUCUAUCUUUACAUAUUACAAGGAGGGAGCUGCGUGCCAGUAGCUCCCUCCUUGUAAUACACUGAACAAACAAACGAACACUGAUACUCAGAUACACAUAUGCACUGAUACUGUUUGUUCGGCUGAUAUUUCUAUUCACUCAUUCGUCUGUCUGAAUAGAUGAAAUUCCCAUUCGCAUGUCCAGGUGUUUCACUGGGCAUGUGCGGAAAUCUCACAGCGCCAUCUAGUGUGGGCUGAUGACGUGUCCCACAGGAACUUCAUCUACCCACACAAAGAUGGCUGCGCCCUGAAUAAAGAUCGGGCAGAAAAUAAGGAAUAAAAAAUAGGUAAUGUGGGGGGCUUAGGGGCAUUUGGGGGUGACUAGGGUGUUGGUUAGAUGUAGUGGAGACGGGAGGGGGUUAAAAAAAACAGGGUUCGGCAUGACAGUGCCGCUUUAAGGCCUAUAGAAAACGACUUCCAUAUUCUGAAUACCUAUUGCCUUAGCAGUUGGUCACAUUCAUCAUACAUAUUACCUUGAUGAGUUUACAGAAUUUAACGCACUGGUAUUUGUGGUGGCUGCAUGUCUCAGGCUUUAAGUCCUUUUACAUAGGGUUUUUUUUUUUUACAAUGUAAAUGCUUUGGAAGAGUUUACAUGUUAACCUUAAGCCUGUAAGUGGCACAUGCUGGAUACAUUUCUCCAUAUGACUGUUUACAACCUAUAUGUACCAUGUUUUUUUUUUGUUUUGUUUUUUUUUUUUUUACUAGCUGCUGGACUUCAAGCAACUACUAAGCAUUCCGGCUUCCCUGUUCGCAUGGACAAUAGUGUUCCUAUUGUACCACAAGCUCCAGCUGCACAGCCCCUUCAGAUCCAGUCAGGCGUUCUUACACAGGUAAUGUAUUUGGUAGCUUAAGGCAUCUUUUUAAUGCACUUAAAAUAAAAUAAAAAAAUUAUUCAAUAGAUUUCAAGACAUUGACGAGAUCCACAGGAUAUUUCAAUUCUCUUUAGUAGGACUAUUUUCAAACUACUCUGGUAAGUUUUGGUGUACAGCUUCCUGCUUUUAUGAAGGUAUCUAGUAGAGAAACUUCAGUUAAAGCUGUCAAUCACGUGUUUUUAUUUUUUUUUAUUGCAUUCCUAUUCGAUUUUUAUUUUUCGCUCUCCUCAAUUAGUUACUAUUACUCCACAAAUGUACUUUUUUUUUUUCUCUCCUCCUUAAGCCAGAGAACUCCUGGCUUAUAUAAUUUUUUUUAAAGUUAAACUCAAAUUGGCCUGUUAUCUCAAGGAAAUAUAUAUCAACCCCGUUAUAUAGUUUAGCCAUGUAUGUAGUGUAAUAUUGUUUCAUAUAGGUGCCAAUUUAAAUCUAGAUUUUUAUCUACAAUUUUUCUAUUUGUGGGGUUGACUUCCCUCCCCUCCCAUUGCUGGUAUAGACUCUCCUCAAUGCUUUAAUUGAUUUAUCUUCCCGUUUAUUGGCAUUAAGGUUUGCCUAACCAUAUUGAUUUUGUAAUGUCAUAUUUAGGUUCCUCAGUUAUGCAGGGUUUUUAUUUUUUCGGGGGGGAAGGAGGGAGGAAAAGAGGGGAGAACAUGGUGAUAAAUGUGAAGCAGAUGGUAGGUUAAGAGCAUUGGGACACUAGCUGCUAAAUUUUCUAGAUACUGAAGCUUGACAAAGUAAAAAGAUGUGUAAAUGUUGGCAUUUUCCCCUUAUAAUUUACCACACCUAGAGGCUCGAACGUCUCUGCUUAUUCAAUCUUAAUGGAAAAUUCCAGAUGCCAUUUAUUGUGUAACUUGCAUUCAAGGACAAGUGUUACAUACCAGUCUGGUUUGAAUGGAAGCAGGCUUGAUAUCAGAAUGUGGGAAAAAAAGUCCGUGUUAAGCUCUUCAUUUAGCAAUCAGUCUGCACAUUUGUUAACACACAUUUCUUUUUUUCUUCAUCCCUGGCUUUGAUCCAAAGAUGAAUUAAUUUUAAUUGUACAUAUCUGAAAAAUGCAUCCCAGCAUAUGAACACCCACUGCAGUCAGUGUCAUUUUGUCUAAAAAUAAACUUCUGUGCUUUUUAUUGGGAGAGCUCGUAAAAGUGCGUUUUAAUGGAAUUUAUAGUGGAACUUGACCUUACAAAGCUGUUGGAAAUCAGAAUUCAGUGGUAUGAGGAGCACAAGAUGCCAAUAAUGGAUAUUCAUGCAGGCCCUCGGUAAUUGUACAGGUGGAAGAUUAUUCAGUUGAUAUUGCAUUUGUUCCCCCCCCCCCCCCUUUCACUCUAGCUUUGUGACAUGUGUUUUUAACUCUUCACAGAGCAGGACAUUUACAUUUUUUCGAAUUUGCUUUUAUACCGUAAAACAAAAUGGGCACAGCCUAAAUAAAUCUAAAUUUGUACAGGACAGAUGGGCCCACAUUUUCUUUCCCUUCAGAGCCCUGUUAACAAAAUUAAUUGUAACACAACAAACUGUUACAUUGAAUAGUCUAGCAAGACCCUGUAACAAACAAAUGUUUCGGACAAUUGACCUUUGAUAACCAUGCCACCAGCAAAAAGGUCACAUUAACUAGGUUUUGCAAUCCCUGUCUUUGCCAGAUGUAAUAUGCUUAAAGUAGAAAAGUUAAACAUCCCAUAGUAACAUGAGACACUGUAGCUUUAAUUUAAAAAAAAAAAAAACAACCUUUACGGGUAUUGCGCCACCCAUCAAGAUUUUUAAACUUUGGAAAAUAUGCAUUACAAAUUAGUCCCUACUACUGACUGAUCUCAUGCUGAAAUCACACUAUGGGCAUUGUGUGACCCUUUUCUGGUAUCUCUAGCCAAACUUUGGAUUUUAUACUACCACUUCUUACCUCACAAUGUAAAAGGGAUACAUGAUAGAAGUGGGUAGUAAUGUCCAAUUCAUUUUCAAUAUGAAACAGAUUACUGGUUUAAAACUUGGCACCUAUAUGAAAACUUUAAUAUUCAUUACCAUUUUCUUUUUAAGACACUUUUGUAUCUUUCAUUUAGAUGAGCUACAAACCCAAACUUUGUAGGAUAGCUGAAAAGUGUGCCUAAUAUCAAGAUUCCAAGUACAAUUGUUGCUACUAAAUUGUGGCGUAAUACUAAAGUAUUAAAGCAAUUUAUUUUUCCCCCCAACUUUUAUUUGCACUCUUGCCUUACUGACUUAAGGGUGGUUUUUAAAACCCUGAGAGCUAGCUAACAAGUUUUUUUUGGUGUUUAUUUUUUCAGUCUACCCACAGUUUAUCGUAAUGUUGAACCCAUACAUUUAUAACCUAUAUUUUUAGAACACUGUUUCACUGACCUCCUAAUCUACGUUUCAGGGAAGCUGUACACCACUAAUGGUAGCAACUCUUCAUCCACACGUAGCCACCAUCACUCCGCAGUAUGCGGUUCCUUUUACCCUGAACUGCGCAGGCGGGAGGCCGGCGUUAGUUGAACAGACUGCUGCUGUACUGGUAAUUGUUUAACUUGAUUAUGUACACUAACAGUCUCCUUCUAUAAUUUUUUUUUUUCUUUUGGUUUUUUCUUUCUCUUUUUAUUGUAGACUUUUAUUCAGAAGAGCAUGGAAGCAUGUGCUCCAUCUUGUGGCUGUGUACUUGCAACAUCCCAAAGCAGCUAGUUAUUAAUGUCUUGUUUUUUCUUUCUUAUAUUUCUUCCUUCCAAUAUGAUUGCUGCAGUAUUGUCUGCCUCUUUCAGCCUGGCUUUCUCUAUAGCAGCAGUUUCAAUCAAGGGCAAAAUUAAGUUCUGCUUUCUAUUCUACAGCUUUCUUUCUUUUUUUUCGUAAGCAAUGAGCUAGUGUUUCUGUAAGUUUUUUAUUUUUCCAUUUCAGUGGAAAAGGGUUCAGUGUAUAAAAGUAUCCAUGCACAAAAUUCUGCUAAUAAUGGCUAGCUAUGGUGGGGUGGGGGUGGGAGAGAGAGAGAGAGAGACAGACACAGUACCUGAGAAAUACCUUUGUUUCCUUGAAUAAAGCCCAGGAGUUAUAACUUAUGAAAUUAAGACUCUCCCAACCGGUGAAGGUAGAAACAUCUGUACUGCAAUAAAUUACCACUUUCUAACUGCUCUUCUUAGAUUUAAGUCUCUCUAAGGAAGAAAGUCUAAAUCUUGCUUACAUCAGAGCUACCUUAAAUGUCAAGCCUUGGUUCUUUCUAAUGUUUCCUUUAUUUAUGAACACUGUCCAUAAGAUAGAUGGACCCAUUUCUUGCGUGACCAUAAAGGCAGAUAAGUACAUUGUUUAAUGACCUAUGCAUAAGAAAUUGGAGGAGUUCCUUGAGUACAUCUUGUUGUAUAUUGGACAUGUUCUUCCUGCCAGGAGGCUGAAGAUCCACUCUGACACCUUUUGAGUUUGUCAUCUUACUGAAACUGGCAAACUUGUUUCCUGUUCUACUCCUCGAACAAAGCGGUUAAUAAAGGAUGCUGACUUGGCGUUAAGGUGGACAUUGUCCCCCCUGGGGAUCGGUUUUUGCUGUCUUGCCCUGUCUAUCAUCAUGGUUCAGGUCUGAACUGUGACUUGCUUGGAAAGUAAUUUCCCCAGUUCCUAAAGAGGUUUUGGAGUUCUUCUCAAAAUGAAUCCUGGAGAAGAUGUUACAUCCUUAAACUAUUUUCCUUCUGCAUGUUUGGAUGAAAAAGCUUAAUUUGUCACUCUCUGCUUCAAGAACGAUCUAUGCCUUCAGACUGCAUUCGGGUUCUGAACCUCAUGACGGACUUGGAUGUGGUUCCUCUUGUGCUGCUGUCAGGGGUCUCUUCUCCAGUGGGAUGUUAAGCUAAAUGUUCGAACAGUAGCUGCAAGAGAUUUUAGAAUUAAUAUUCCAUCAGAUGGUAAUUUCCCAUUUGUCUUUCAGGAAACCCAUGAGGUUGGCUGAUGGAGGAAAUCAGCUCAACUGGUUGGGGCAGAUUGUCUCGAAGGAGAAAGUGGACUUGGUUGUCUUAGUAGGGGAGUUUUCCAUUUAAUGCUCUCGGCUUGAGUUUACCUUGGGCUCCUUCCUUGGCCAGAACUAGCUUAGACACCUUAUCUUUACUUUAAGUUGGGCAAAAUCAGUUGCCUAUUUCGUCUUAAGACUGCUACUUCCGUGAGGGAGGUCAAGAAGUUCCUCAGGUGGUCUUCCAAAUGUCUACAAAAGGAAUGUGAGUCUGUAUCCUCCUCUCCUCCUUCCUUAAACAAAUCAGACUGUGUUUUCUGAACGUCUGUUUCCACCUCUUGCAAGCACCCUCUUUUGGCUUUUCAUAAGGAUCACAGUCCUGAACUGGCAGUCUUCCAAACAGCUGGUAGCUAUUUUAGGUGCUUUAAAGUGUGUGAGGAAAAGCCUUCUAAGGCUUCUCAUAGAUAAGCAUUGGUUUUAUGAGAACCAUUGUAAGUGGGUUUCAGAGAUUGAUGUGUAGAUGUUCUGCACCCCCAGUGAUCUCCAUGGAGAGCUGUGGGGGCAGUUGACCUGUGGUGAGAGCGUCUUGCUGAUGGAUUAGGUUACAGGUUUAUUUUCUGAACUCUGUUGGAUUCAGAAGGCUUUAAACCCUCAUUCUUCCCAAUUGUCCCAAAUCGACAAUCCAGAAAGCCCUAGGCUCAGUUGGUGGCCUCUGGCCAUUUGUCUUUUACUGGCAAAAUCCGCAAAGCAGACACUUGGUCAUCUAUGUAUAUUUUUCAAAUUUUUCUUAUGUCCCUAGUGUUAAGAACAUCAGUGGUUAUGGUACUGAGUUCUUCUAUUACUUCCCAAUAACUGAGCAUAAGUGAUUAUAGUUGCAGUUAGGGUAUAGAGAAAUAGUGUAGAUGAAUGCAGCUUCUAAGACUAAUCUCCCCAGCAAAUAAAAGGUUACCCAAGAAUGAGCCUAGACUUCAUGAAGGGUACAACAGGAAUGUUUUAUUGAUGCCACACUGGCUUUUAUGGAAAUCCUUGUGCAAGAGGACCUCCCACAAUAAACAAAAGGAACAACCAAUCAUAACACAGAAUUACAGUAAAACCCUCCCUUCAUCUGCCUGAGAGAUUGAGAAGUUAAGAAAUAACCCAAUUAUCUCCAGGCAGAGGGCACACAAUUUCCCCAAAACCUGGAACACCCCUUUAUACACAAGGUAUUCCCACAAAUGACAUGUCCCCUGAUAGCCCCGAUCUGGGUAGACCAACAUAUUCAAACUUCACACAGAUCGGUUCAGGGGUUCUCAAAGUAUGGAAGUCUUAGUUCACCAACCGCACACGAGGCUCCUGCCCAAAACAGUUCCACGAAUUCAGGGUGUGCGGUUGGUCAAUUCAGAAAUUAGCAUAAAAACAUACAAAAGCACGAAUGGAGCCUCCUGGCUCACUGGAGCGAUUGUUCCCAGUGUUCGUAUGAAUCAAACUACUGAAUGGCUCUCUCCUAGCUGUUCGGCAACAAAAGGAAGCAGGAACAGUGUUUGGUAAGUGUCCGAUUUUAGUUCCAGACACUCAACGACAAAGUCCCUCUGCGUCCUUUCAUGCAAACAAGAUGGCCGCCAUUUUCUCUUCCACGUGGCAUUCGGCCCAGAGAUCGCUUAAUAGACUGUUUUUGAAGAUAAUGAGCAAGGAGGGUGGUCGGUGUCCUGUAGUGUAAUCUACCGAACCAAUAAAUCCCAAAGUAACGAAAUGCAUCAGAGUCACGAAUAAAGAAAAUAACGAAAAUAUUUUCUUCACACCUAGAUUGUGCUUUUGGCAGGAAAGCGCUCUAGAUGGUAAUCACAACUUCGUCCUUAUGCAUUCAAGAAAGGAAAAUUUGCCAUGCCUUACAAAGGUCUCUCCAGAUAGUGAGACACUAUUAGUUCUCAUUCUUCAUUUGAGCACCUUGGCUUGUGCUUUAACUGUCCUACUUGCUGUUUCUGACUGCUUUUCCUCCUGGAUACAUGCAAACCUGAAGAUUCCACAUGAUAAACUAGAUGACAAUACUGAAGAGUUGUGUUGUGGGCAUUUUCUAUCCUUACCAGUUGAUAACUUUAUUCCAUAUGUCCUAUGGGUUUCUCCCAUCCAGAGAAAUUUAUUUCUCAUAAGAUAAUUUAUGCAUAUCCUGGUUUACGUUCCUCUUGCUUUCUUUUGACUCUUUUGUUAGAAACUCCUCAUAUCUGACUAAAGACCAUAGAGUUCUAAUGUAAGUAUUCCAGAAUCUAGAUUUGACAUGAGUACCAGGCAUCUCAAGAGAAACUUAGCUGGUUUCAGUUGUCCCAAAGUAAGCUAUACUGUUACUCAAAGAUCACAACAAUAUUGGAAUUAUAGCAUUUUCACAUUUGGGAGACCACCAUUUGGAAUCAUUGAAUUGGUAGGCUUUACAAUGUGAAAAAGGCAUGGAACAAUAUUUUUAGAUUGGAUUGGAUCAACUUUUAAUGCAUUCAUUGGUCCCAAACUGCUGGGGUUUAAGUCCUGCAUGAACACUGAAGUGUUGUAAACUAAAUUUCAAAACAGUCAAAACAGUCAAACUGUGACUCUAGGCAAAAAGGCCUUUUGCUUUGCUGUUCACACCGGGGACUGGGCUAUUGACAUUCUCUCACUAGGUUGGUGAAAUACUGUGUACUUUGAAAAGAGCCUUAAAAUUGGUAGCUAAACUUAUCCCCUCUAAUCAUGUUUGCAUUCCCUAGUCUAAAACAUGCCCAUCUGGCUGUUGUGGGCAAAUUAUUUUGGUUUUGUAGCAUGGGCAUAUAUUGAAAUUUAUUUUAGGAUAUGUUGUAGGAUGUCUAGGUUUUUUUUUUUUUUUGUGCCACAUUCACUAUUCAACAUUCCAUGACUUUGUAUGAGAUGGAACUUGCACAAAUGUUUGGGGGUAACUUUAGAUUAGUGAUGGGUAGAAGGCUCUCACUCUGUUAAUUGAGCUUUGAGGGAAAUGUGGUUGACAAACAUCUGUACUACUUUCUUCAGGAACAAGGUUUUGCUUUAAUUUAGCCAAACUUAAUUUAUGAAAAUCUUAAAUUGGUCUAUCCGAAUUUCCAUUUAUAGAUAUUGUAAAAAAUAGUUUUUGUUUUUUUUUUGUUUUUUUUUGGGGGGGCUACAACCUAGCAACACUUUGUAAAUAGUUUUUUUUGCAUGCCGAGGUGACAUCUUAGAUGCUUGAUAUGAUUUGCAUCAACUCAUGCGUUGCCUGAAGGACUAAGUUACCAGCAUCUCAAGGCAUCCCAUCAUUGCUUUCUAAUUAGAGCUUCGAGAACUAGCUGAUAACUGAUAACUGAGCAUCAAUUAAUAAGUCGUCAGUUUAGUGUCAGAGCAUUAAAUUUGCUUUCCCACAGACUUUAAAAUGCUUCAAUAUCUGCUUUUAAAUUAAAAUUAAAGGUGAGCUCAGCUUAGGUUAUGAGAGUUUGAGGUUAAAGGUUGAUUGCUCAAAGUAGUGGUGUUUUUACAUUUUAAAUCUAAACAAAUUAUAAUUUUCACUUUAAAAUAGUUGUGAAUGCCCAAUUUGCUGAUUAAUACACCAUGCAACAUUGCAAAAGAGUGCAACCUGGACAUGUAUGAAUGAGCAAUAUGUGUAACUAAUGUUCAAAUCCUCCCCAAAUUGAGUUAUUAGAUUUAAAAAAAAAAAAAGAAGAAAAAAAGCACCUCCCAUUGGCAUAGGAUUUAACUUUUAAAUGGACAAAUUUAGGCACUCUUGUAUUUGUAAUACUGCUUUGAUGCUGACUAUUUGUCCUGCAACAGAGUUGUCACAAGUAUGGUCUCUCCCUUUUAUGAUAUCUGAACUUUGGUUUAAUGGGUAGCUUAACCCUUCUGACAGUUUUAUCGAAUAUUCAGAACGUGAUCCGAUUUGAAGUUUUCUGUCCCCUAGGGUUUCUCAGAAGAAAUGAGUCGGAAGGGAGAUGCAACUAAAGUGCUUCCUCUUGGCUUUGUCAUUGUGUAGUCAAAGACACAUUCUGUCAAGUAAUUUAACUGGCUCACCUUUAGUUUAGAAGGCUGCUCCCAGCACAUUGGAUUACAUUUUCUGCUUUGCUUAAGUUUGCAUUUGCUGAGCUUUGCAUAUUUUCUUUUUGUCCUUUUGUUAAAACAGUUCGUCGCUUGGAGCGCCAGAUCUCUGCAUUACGUUUUUGGGGUCCGUUCUUGCUUUGUAUUAAACGAUAUGCUUUGUCUUGUGCAGGUGUUGGCUUUUUUUGGAAAGGAGCAUGGUGUUUAACAUUCAACUUUAUUCUUCCCUUCCAUCACCCUCCACGGUUUGCUUUUUUUUUUUCUGCUUUAAGCUUUUUGGCAGGUCCAGUGUUCACAAGUGGUGUCUAAACAGCAGAAAUACAAUGUGGCUUAGUGUACCUAUGGGAAAAUGGAUGUGCUGUACUACAAAAUUCCUAUUUGCAAAAUGUUGAUUAACCGAUUAUUUUUAAAAAAAAUCUUAAGUAUUGUCCACAAGAUAGUUGUGCAGUAGUAGAUCUGGCUUGAUACAGGGUAUUAUUUUCCAUACUCUGGCUAAAAUACCUAUUAUGUACACCCAUACAAAUACACAAGUCUUCAAAUCCUCUCCUGCAAUCCAGUCUAACAGAGUUGGAAUGUUCAGAUUCAUACGCAAAACAAAUAACUGUUGGCUUUAUCCCAGGAAGUUGCCUAAUAAAGGAUUUGUAAAGAAACAAACUGCCUGUCCAAUCAUGUUACCACACUUUUCGAUCACUGCCAGAUCUUGCUGUUCCUUUAAAAGCAUUGUCUGUAGUGUUUUCAGUCUAAUGAAGCAAUAAUUCAAGCAUUUUCUUAAGUCUGCUCUCCACUUUCAAAAUAAGUACUGGUCUUUGACAAUCCAACUUCUCUCCCAUCUCCAUUCCUAAUGCCAAUAGUGUAACCUGUUAUGUUUUUUUACAUAACUAUUCACAUGACUGAUCUCUAGAUAAACUGCUCCUGGGCAUGUUCCAUAGUCCUAACAAAGCACGUGGGAGUUUCUAUUCUAGGUCAUGUUGCUAAGAGCUGCUGUGUAAUUAUAUUAACUUCAGUAGUGGCACUACAACGAAUGCCAUGAAAUUUAAAAUAAAGCUCUCUGUUACAGUGCUCGUUUAGUCACAAAUCAUAUCCGUGCUUGUAACUAAAAACUAAAUUAAGCAGCAGUGAUCUCAUCAUUUAAUGAGAUGAUUAGUUUGGAGAUUCUAGCUGCAGCCCUUGUUAAUAAGCUUGUAGCUAAAUAAAAUGUCACUUAAUUGUACUUAUUAAAAUCCAAGUUUUUCUGGUCUAGGGAGGUAUACCUUGAUGACCUUGGUAGCUGUGCCUACUGGCAAGCCCUUUAUAACAGACUGGAUUGCAUUUUUAACACAUCACUACUGACUAUUUCCUAUUGUGAAGACUUGACUGGAUUGCACAAUUUAGGCAAUAUUAGCCAAACUGGAAAAGUAGCAUUGUAAUAAGUGUGUGUGGGGGAUAUUUUCUUUACAGUUUGAUUUUAAACUUAUUUUUGAGAUUCUCCCAGGGCUAAUAUGUAGCCUGUGGCUCAUUACUCCUUUACCCAAGGUAUUCUGGACUAGAACAACCAACAAGCCUGUUCUGCUGUACAGCACCUCCAUGUCCUUUGAUAAAAAGAAGUCUCUUAAAUGCUGUUCUAAAUACAAUUUUUAAAUGUUUGCCAAUGUAUCUCUGCAAAUUGAUAGUUCACUGGUUGUGGGGACUUUAACAAUUAUGGCUUAACAAAGUUAAGAGGGUUGUUUUUAUCUCUCCCUCCCUUCUUUGUAUCUUCCAGCAGGCAUGGCCAGGUGGAACACAGCACGUUUUGCUACCAUCGACUUGGCAGCAGCUUCCUGGGGUUGCCCUUCACAACUCUGUUCAGUCCGCUGCUGUGAUUCCGGAGACUAUUGGAAGCAACCAGCAGCUUACGGAUUGGAGGUAAAUCCUAUUGAUUAAACACGACAAACUCUUAAUCUGUAAACUAUUACUGGGCAAAGCAUUGAGCUAUAACCCUUAAAAUCUUGAUAGAUAUCUUCCUUUUUUUUUUUUUAUUCUACAUAUGGCCGAGUUAAACUAGUUUACAUGUACUAUACAUAACAAUGUAAGGUCAAAUUCUCUGCGGGAAGUAGAAUACCUUAAUUCAGACAUUGUCACUACGUGGAAUAAUCUGGUCAUUUUUCGAUAGAAAACUGUACUCUUUUAAACAUUACACUUUUUUACUUUCCGGCAAUGUCUUGGAGGUAAUAUGGGCGGUUUGCUUCCUGUAGAAUUAUAAAAUAAAUUUCUAAAGGACUCAAAUUUCUGACAUUGUUGGUUAGAGACUACAUGAAGUGGUGUGCUCCAAGACUUGUCCAGGAAUUUAGAUCUGCUGAGUUUGUACAACUAGCACGGUUUUGCAUGGAAACGCCCAAAUUGAUUGAUACAGGUUUUCUUUCUGUUGAGGUCAUCGGUGCCAAAUGCAAUUUUCUUCAUAUUUAGAAGGCCUCUGUGUGCUUAUUAAUGCCAAUGUUUGGGAAUUAACAUACUGUUAACGUGCUUUCAUUUUCCUAAUAAUUAUGCCAUAAAAGUGUGAUUGUUUCUGAUUGUAUGCACUGAAAUUUUCUCCCACUAGAAAUCCACAUUCCCAUGGGAACCAGUAUAGCACACUGAUGCAGCAGCCAUCGUUGCUUGCAAACCACGUGACUUUAGCUGCCGCUCAGCCUCUGAGUGUGGGUGUUGCUCACGUUGUUCGACAACAGCAGAAUGUCAGCAUGUUGACAAAGAAACACAAGCUGCAAACCCAGACAAAUACCAAGUAAGGGCUGUAAUAGAAAUGCAUUUUGUUUCUAAAGAAUUUGUCAUUUGGAAAACAAGAUGGGGUCAAUCUUUCAGUUACACUAAAAACUGGCUAAAACAGCCAAUCUCCAUGCAGUUAAACCUUUCUAUAAUUCAUUAGCAUGAACAGGAAUUUUUAAUUUCAAGGGCAGCACUGCAAAACUAUAACAUUAUCUGUAGUGAAAAUGUCAUCACAAGCUGAAGCACAGGCUUUUUUAGUUUUGCUUUUGGCUUUUUUUUUUUUUUUGGUGUUUUGCAAGAAUUAAAACAUUCACAUAAAACAAAUUUCCAAUUUGUAAACAGCCUUUAUAAGACAGUUUACAUGUCUUAAUAUCCAAGGCAAAAACACCAGAACAUUCAGGAGGCUGUACAUGUGCUCAUUUUUAGUGUAGACUUACUGUGACUACACUUUUAUUAUAUAUAAUAGGAAUGUUAUUUAUGCCGUUCAUAUGGGUUUCCUUUAGAAUUUAAUGGAAAUAAUCUAAUCAGCCCUGUGGUAAUUUUUCUGUAGGACACUCUCUGCUUUGGAUGUCCUCCCUUCACAAGUAUACUCUUUGGUUGGAAGCAGCCCUCUUCAUGCCACAUCUUCAUAUAACCAGCUCCUUCAAGUGCAAGAGCAAAGGCAACCCAUUGUAAUCCCAGAUACCCCCAGCCCUCCGGUGAGCGUUAUUACAAUUCGCAGUGAUACGGAUGAGGAAGAAGACAGUAAAUAUAAACCUGCAAGGUAAGGUGGCAGUGUAACAUGCAUUUUUUAUUUAUUUUUUCUGUAAACUUUCCUCAUUAAUAAAAAUGUGUUCAGGAAGAAUGAGAGGAGGUGACUGACACAUGCUCAAAAGUUCAUGGACAUCAUAUGCAGGUUUGAGUCACAACGGCUCAAAUCUGUAGAUGAAAAAGUGAAGCUAGCUGUAGAAGGGUUACAGAUUCCUAAUGAUCCUAUGUUCCAGAAUCAGGAACAAAAACUUCAGGAGCUUUGUAUCAAGCUGGGCGGCCACUAUACAUAAUGAGUGCGUCAUUGUGGGCUGUGCUUCUAGUGCACUGAAGAUACUCCAACAGUCUAUGCCCCUGUAGGCACGGAUUGGCCGUUGUAGUCACGUGCCCGUUGUCUCUAGCCAUAUAUCAGACCACCGGGAGCGUUUUUCAUUAAUGCCCUGGUCGAAGGCGCUCUAGUAGCACCGAAACGCUAGUCGGUUUACUAUCUUUCUCACUAGCACUUUAUGGUAGCACUUAGUUCAGUUAUGGUGUUUGUUUAGCUGGUUUAGUGGGGGAAGGAGAUCGCUCUAUUACAGACUUUUAUAUCUUGGGAUGGACUGUAUAGUAGAGAGACGCUUAGUGGCAACCUUCUAUUAGAGAGCAGUUUUCAAGUGUACGUUAGGAGGCUUUAGCAUUUCGAGACGAUUCAAUUAUCAUCAAGUGACUAUUAAGUGGUUCCAGCAUAUACUUAACCCAGGUCUGACAAGUUUCUAUACUCUCCACAACAGCUUAGGAUAUUUAUAAAAAAAAUCUAUUUGAAAGGAUCACUUACAACUAUUACUACCUCCUCAAACAAGCGAUAUAUUAGAAGCUCUGUCUAAUUUAGCAUUGGUUAUAACUUUCUAUACUUGUGCAAACUUUGCAAACUCUAAUUAUAAACUAUAACUAUAGUUUUUUACUUUCUUUGCAACACUAACGGCAUAACUACAGGCUCUGCUGAAUCUAUUCAUAACAGAGGUUUGAUAGGGUUUUUCUCUAGUAUCGUUUUAGGACUAUGAAGGGAUGACUUAUUUAUUUAGGUGUCAGCUCUCCUACAACAAUCCUUUAUCGUGUACAGCAAUUAGCCUCACAUCUGUUACCCUUUGAGGCACGUGUAUAUAUACAAGGUGUUUUCAAUCCAGUAUCUCCACUGUAUAAUAGGUUAUCCCUGUGUGUAUAUAUGUAUCUGUACUCUCGUCAUUUAGCUGUAACGUUGUAGUCUUAGGUAUUUAUACCUUUCAGGACAUGAUAUCCUUUCCUACAGUGUACAUUAUCCCUGUACAACAUUCCACUGAUCUUUAUAUCUUUCUCCUUAUUGAUUUCUAUUAUAGAGCUCACACCCACUUAGAGCUCUCGUUGGUGUCUGUUGGUUCCCCCUGGUUUUUUAGAGAAUUGAACAAACUUAUUUAUUUUUUCAUUUUUAUUCUCUACUCUUUCAGAUCAUAAGGGACCUUACCUGUAUCCACGUUACCGUGGACUGGCCUAUUUUUGUCUUUGUAAUAUAUCUAAGGGUUACCCCCUAUAUAGGCUCCCUUAUACACAUCACAGUCCCUUAGUGGGACAUUAUGUCCUUUCCAAUCCAGGAAGCAGACAAGUGAUUUCUGCUUUAUUCGAAUUAGGUCCAUUUUCCUUAUACUCUUUUAUAAUGAGAAUUCGGGAUAGACAGAUUAUCAGUGCUGCUGAUUUAUUAUAGCUGAUAUUCAGUACUUUACUGAUACCUGCUCUGGAAAAAGAUCUGCAUUGGGUUUUUGUAUUGAUAACGAUUUUAUAUAAAAUGUUUUCAUGGCCUCUUCAAUUUCUUUAUAGCUCCAGUGCAAAGUUGAGAUCCAACGUAAUCAGCUAUGUGACUGUAAAUGAUUCUCCUGAUUCUGACUGCUCUGUGAGUAGUCCUUACAUGACUGACCAGCUUUCAACCCUUAAUGGAGUGUCUGGAAUAUUUGAUCUUCCCAGUAGCCGUGUAGUCCAGAGCUCCAGUUCCCGCACAAUUAUUGUGCCACCAUUAAAGACCCAGGUCAAUGAUUGUAGUGUGGACAUCCAGCUGCCAGGUAAGCUUGAAUUAUUAAAUCUAUUUUACAACUAGUGCAGCAUGGAUGUGAGUUUCUCACAGCUUUAAAUGCAUUUUGGUUCAUUAAAAAAAACACCACUUCAAGGUCAAAAUGGCCAAACUGUAAACUAUUCUCUAGUCCAGGGAUAGGCAACCUUUGGCACUCCAGAUAAUGAUCACCCCAUAAUCUUACACCCAUAAUGCUGGCAAAACAUCUGGAGUGCCGAAGGUUGCCUAUGCCUGCUCUAGUCUAACCUAUGCUUUACAGUUCAGCUGCUGCGAAACUUACUUCCAAUUUUCACGUUAGCUAAUUAAAAUGUUUAAUCUAUUACUGGGGCUUAGACAUUGAGCACUGCAUCCCUUCUGGUAAAUGCUCUAACUUGCCUUUCAACAUUGUAGCCAACAGCCAGAUAUAUUGUUCUGUUGAGGCUUUCCCUUUUUGCUGUUCUGAGCCAAGAGCAGGUUUUAACUUUAAGGGACACUAGGAGAACCAGUGCAGGCACAGGUUUGCAAGACAUGCAACUUUGUUGUUGGUUUCACAUUCCUACCAAGUCCACCACCAUUUUGUUUUAAACAUUCAGCACCUAUUUGAAAGCUCUUCAAGACACUGAAAUUUCCAAAUUAAAAAGUUAAGGCCCAUUUUUGAGAAGACUCCCAAUAUCUUAAAUUUUUUUUCAUAAUAUAUGAAAAAAAAUUAAUCUGAAAGAGCUCUUCAAGGCCUUUCCAAAGAGCCCUACUUUCUGUUUACCGAAAUAUUCAAUGUUUAACAUUAGAUACAUACAGGCCUGCAAUUUUUCAUAGGCUCAUACCUACAUGUCUCAGGUGCCCUUUCAGUAAGGCAAUUGUAGGUGGGGGAGUGUAAGGUUUAAAAGUUCCUUUUCAUUGACUUCAUAUGAUUCUGCCCCCACACAUUCUCUCCUCUUGCGCUUUUGCAUAACCAGCAUUAAGAUUUUUGCUUGUAUCUUCAAAGUUUUGAUGUAUAGAUCUGAUGCUUCUAAAGUCGGAGUGAUCAAUUCACUGCCAUUUAGGAGGAAAAUCACUCUGGUUUCUGUUAAAGGACCACUAUAGUGCCAGGAAAACAUACAUUUUUUUUUUUUUCUACCACUAUACUGCCCUGAGGGUGCCCUCACCCUCAGGGCCCCCCUCCCGCCGGGCUCUAAGGGGUGGAAGGGCUUAAAUUUACCUAUUUUACCAGCGCCAGGCUGGGGACUCUCCUCCUUGUCGUCAUCGGCUGAAUGAGCCGCGCGUGCAUUCAGCCAGUCCAUAGGAAAGCAUUCUCGAUGCUUUCCUAUGGAUGCUGGCGUCUUCUCACUGUGAAAAUCGGUGAGAAACGCCUCUAGCAGCUGUCAAUGAGACAGCCACUAGAGGCUGGAUUAACCCUAUUAUAAACAUAGCAGUUUCUCUGAAACUGCUGUUUAUAGAAGGGUUAAUCCUAGCUGGACCGGCACCCAGACCACUUCAUUAAGCUGAAGUGGUCUAAGUGCCUAUAGUGGUCCCUUAAUGCAGCCCUGGUCACACCCCCAUGGCUGUGACUCAGUCUAUAUAAAGUUUAAUUUUUAAUCCAUAACUUGCAUUACAAUUUUGUAUUAUCAGCUCUCUAAACUGAACUUUAAUCACAUAUAUAGAAGGCUCCUGCAUGGUCUAGCAAGCUAUUAACAGAGCAGGGGUUACACAAUUUGCAAUAAAGGAAGUAUAAACCUUAGAUGACUCUUUACAGGAAGAGUUUAGGGAGGGUUGUGUAAGUCACAUGCAGGGAGGUUUGACUAGGCUGCAUAAACGGUGAUUUAACUCCUAAAUGGCAGAAUUGAGCAGUAAGACUGCAGGUGCAUGAUCUAUACACCCAAACUGCAUGAUUAAGUUAGUUGUAUUGUUGACUAUAGUGUCCUUUAAUCAUUAUUGCUUAUAGUAUUUGUUGUGGGUGUUAGCACUCCUUUUUCUAUCAAUUAUCAAGAAAUUUACAAAACAGAUUGGCUGAGCUAUAGGUACCAGAAAAACACCUGAAGUAUGCAGAAGUCUUUAAUUUCUGUAUUUUCAGUCCAAAUCUGUCUUUUGGUGUAUGUGGGCAUUCUACACAAUUAUUGCCCCCUCCACCCUGGUGUGAACUCCAGAGUUGACCUACUCCCAGCACAGCAUGCAUGUGGGAAUCCUACUCCCACACCUUGUUCUGGCCCAGCAAGCCUACUAGUGGCAUCCCUGAGCCGUUGCUGUGGAAACCGACCAAUGAGUAUAUACAGUGCGUUGAAAUGCAUGGACUGGUAUUGGACAAAUGCUACAUCCAACAAUAGUGUAAUCGGAUCAACACAAGUGAAAAUAAAAUAAUGGCAAUAGAUCUUGCAGAGAAGCAAGAGUACUGAUGUAAUCAGAUCAACAGCAAAAAGAGGCUGAACUUGAUAGACGCACGUCUCUUCCGCCUGUGUAAAUGAAAUUGUAACAAGCACAAGCAGCACCCAAACUGCACUAUACUUGCCUGUUUGUAUGCAUGUGUGUAAAACUUAUACCCCCACCUCCUUCACUGCAGGUAUUGGCAAGUUAAAAGCAUCCACUUCAUCAAAUGGACAAUCAAGUAGCUGUAUUUCCCAAACUGGCUACCAUUCCCACCGUGGGGUAAACGGCGUGCAGCCUCUCAACCUCAGCCAGGUAAGUGUGCCCUGACUUAUGUUGUUGCAUGUGGUCAGUAUAAAUAUUUACAAUCUUUUUUUUUUUUUUUUUUUUUGAACUAUUUUUAGUAGGUGAAACGGGUUUUUCACCGCUAUGUCAUUUAGUACUGUGCCCUUGGACACUUCGCGUCCAAAAAAGUACAUCUGUCUUUAAUGUUAAGUGUUUCAUUUCUACCUUGCACUUAUUUCCUCGUUGGUGCUAGGCUCUGUCUAAUCAAAUGCUUCUUAUAGACCAGUGAUGGCUAACCUUGCCACGCAAAAUGUUUCUAAACUACAUUUCCCAUGAUGCUCAGCUAGCUUUUAGUCCAGAAACAAUUUAUGGUGGCAAGUUUAGCCAUCACUGUUGGACAAUUGUUUUUAAGGAGAUUUAGUGAUGUAUGUUGCAAUAUUGCUGUGCAAAAGUGUUUGGUGUUUUUUUUUUUUUUGGUCUGGAGGGGAACUGUACUGUAAGAGCACUCUCAAAACUGAACUUUAAUAUUUUAUUAAACUUUCCAAACUUGGUGAACAUAAAUCUUUAAAUCCAAUGACCAUUUUGUAUGACUACCCUUUGCCUUUAAAACCGCACAAAUUCUUAUAUGUACACAAACCAAACCCCGCAACUGUGUUUUUGUAUAGUAUCUCUACGCAUGAAAACAGUAACUACAUUGUACAAAAACUACAUGCAGAGUUAGUCACUAGAACUAGCGUGCAUUUUUAUGUAAACACUGCCUUUUCAAAGAAAGGUCAGUGUUUACAUUACUCCCUAGGGAUAGCUCUAGUGGCAGUCACUUAGCCACCAGAGUUGCAGCGUCUCCACGCUCUCUAUGGGGAAAGUUCAAUGUCUCCAUGCAGAUGCAUGGUUUCAUAGAAUCUAUAAGGAGAUGCUGACUGGCCGGCUGGUCACUGGUUUUCUGUAUAUUCUGAGUUGAUGGUCCUGCUAGAUAUCUUCUGGUUGUGAAGUAUUGUUGGCCCAAUGUGGUGGUAAUCUGCUGCAAGCUUUCUUGGCCAACCACUGAGUUUAGUCCCCAACUCUGCCCAUUUCUUCAAACCUGUCUGCCUUGACCUUUAUAACUGGGAGAGGGGUGGAGGAGACCUUGUGAUGAAGUAUAACUACCUUGUGUCUUGUGCAAAGUCUUGUCAUGGUGUAUGACUUUUGACAAACAGUUUUAAGCAACCUUGCCUUGUUGACUGACUAUUCCUCACCCAGUUUUGUUUCCUAAACAGCUGUUUUUCACUUAAGCAUUUAAUUUAGCUAGACUGGUGCAUAAACUUAUCAGCUGCAUUGAAUGAAUCAAAUGCCCACUGAUCGAUGGACAAACCUGUUCGUUCAGGAUUUUCUUAAAAUCGUUUUGUUCAUCCAUAGAUUAACAGGCAUUUGGUUUGAUAAAUACCAGUGAAAGGUAUUUGUGCACAGUUCAAUUUUUCAACCUACCUAUUAAAUUACUCAUUAGCACUUGUUUGGUAAAAGUGUUUUAAUUGUGCAUCUGACUAAAUGCCAACAAAAUCCAUGUCUUUCGGCAAGUGUACGUAAAAACUUGUGCUGCUUUGAAGGCAAUGGGUGGUCCCGCCAAAUCUCUAAUAGUUUUGUUCUGCCCUAAAUGGCUUUUAUUUUAUUUUCAACUUUGUACUUUUUUUACUACUUCCAGAACCAGCAGUCAGCCGUAAUGGCAUCCCAGGAGAGAAGCAUGAACCCGGCUCCUCGCAGGCAACAGGCUUAUGUUGCUCCACUACCAUCAAUCUCUCAGGCACCCUUUACGUUCCAGCACAGCAGCCCCCUACAUUCCACUGUGCACCCCCACCUUGCCGCGACUGCCACUAGUCACCUAGCAAGCCAGCCUCACAUGUACACAUAUGCCCCAACAACUGCCACGACCCUGGGAUCUACUGCAUCCAUUGCUCAUCUGUUCUCACCUCAGGGCUCAAGACACUCCGCAUAUGCUACCCAUCCCAGUACUCUGGUGCACCAGGUCCCUGUCAGCGUUGGACCCAGCCUGCUUACCUCAGCUAAUGUUGCUCCAGCUCAAUACCCACACCAGUUUGCAGGCCAGUCAUACAUUGGUGCCUCCAGGGGCUCUGCAAUCUACACUGGAUACCCCUUAAGUCCAACCAACAUUAACCAGUACUCCUACUUGUAAUGUAUGAUGUACAAGCGUUUUUAGAAGAUGACUGUUAUGUAAGAUUCACAAGAAGGAAAAGGGGCUUGCUUCUUUAUUGACUGCAUUGUUGUAGUCACGUAAGCUUGUUCAGUGUUAACAUUGUAAUUUUUGUGUAUUGCAUAUUUGUAGCAUCCCUUUACAUUACUAGAGUUGGGGGUUCUCUUUUGAAAUGAGUAUAUGUGGACUACCAUAAUCAUGUCCAUUGUCUUUGCUGCAAUUUUUAUUUUGUGUUGUGCAAAGUUUGAUUUUUAAUCUUUAUUUUUUUCUUGAUCAGUUGCAUAGUAGUAUUCUAGAUUUGUGUGGCAAACUGAUUAGCUUAUGAUUUUAAAUCAUUUUUAACCUUUUUUUAUUUUAAAAAUCUUAGUAUGGUUUUUAGAAAAGUGUGGGUUUUUUAAUACAUAUUCUCCCCUUCCCCUAUCACUUGCCUGUGUGCAUCCAUGAGAUUCAUUAUUACAUGUGCUAGAUGGAUGAGACUCUGGUGUUUUAUGCACUAAAAUUGGUAUACCAUGUGAAUUAAAUCUACAGCUGAGAAUUUGAGGGCAAAGUAUUAGACUGAUUUUAGGAAUACUAGAAAGCUAUCCGAAGGGAACAAGUUAUCACCUGAUCAUAGAAGUCCAUUUGCUAGCUAUGGAUCAGGUGAAAAUGUCUUCCUUUGAGGAUUAAGGGGAGCUUUAUGAAAGUAGCAAUCCUCCUGGAAACCACUGUUAUGCAGGUUCUUUACAUUGGUGAUUACACUACUUUGCAAAACAUGGCAUAUUGGUAAACCAUCCCCUAUGACUUCCUGACUCCUGUAAAUAGAGAUGUUUGACUAACUUAACAAGACACUUAGUGAACAGACUCCAUAGUUCCUCAGCCGUCUAGCAUCCCCGGUUAAAAUGUAAGAGCUGCUUAAUCAAAUUGGAUAGACUCAAAAUGACUGCACCAUGCAGUGCUAUUACUAGCUGUGGAAGGACACCCUAGUGACUUCUUCUUUAAUUAGUGUUACAAAAGAAGUCCUCCCUUUUAAGAUUGAGCAAUUUUGAUGUUUUAAAUCAAAUUGUGUGGGACAAAAGUUCACUAAAAAUAGUCAUUCUUCUGAGUUUGGAAUCAUGGGAUAUACAAAUUCCCCAAACUAGUUCCCAUAAGACUCCACUUUUUAUUUUUUUUCUCUUCCUUUUGGCAGAGGUCAGUUGAUUAGAAUGGUUUUCAGUUUGAUAGGCAUCCUAAAAACAUGAGACCAUUCCUCCUAAAGCAAGACUGACUUUUUACUGAUCAAUAAAAGCUUGUACUUGGUGCUGCUCCUAACCAAUCUCAUUGGAAGCCCAAUUAGAAAUGUAAACAUAAUUUAGACUAGGGGGGAAAUGGCAGGGUCUAGGGGCCAAAAAUGAUGCUAAAAUGAAAAAGUACUGCAAAUGGAUUCUUGCUUGAAGGUAUGUUAGAAUAGACUAUAGACAAGUCUUUAUCAUCCCUAUAGCUGCCUGUGUCAACUUGUAUAAAUGAAUGGCAUAUACCAGCAAGGCAGGCAAAUCUCAGUUGCUAGAUUUUUAUUUUUACACCUUUUAUUAAAUUUUAUCAGAUAAUUUUAAAAACCAAAGGUAAAAUUUGAAAUUCCAGGUCCAUGUUGAACAGAAAGUAGACCCAAUUUAAAUUCUUGGUUUGGUUAAUGAGAGCAGUUUGAAUGUGAAUAAUCCUUUUGUAAUACUCUAGAAAAAGUAAAUAGAAGUAAAGAUUAGAAAUAUUUCCUUCUCAGAUCAAUUUAAUUUACACAACCCAAAAUCUUUCAGAAAGCCCAUGUUAGUCAUAUGAAGUUUUUUUUUUUUUUUUUUUUUUUUUUUUUUUUUUUUUUUUUUUUUUUACAAGCUGAACCUAGUGCUUCCAAACUGUUCCUUUCUUUUGAGGUACCUUAAAAGUGAAAUAUUAAAAAUAAUAAUCUGUAAGUGGAGCUAUUGUAGACAAGAACGCAUUAGAAAAUACAGAUCUAAUCAGAGAUAAAUAUCAUUGCAAAUCCUAGCCCACACCAUUUCAUUGGAAGACCUAUAAAUAUCCCAUUAAACACUACCUUUAUAAAAAUUUAUGUGGUAUAUUGCUUUAGAAUCAUGAAUAGAGUAAAAUACAAAAAUUAAAAUCUGUUUAGUAGAUAUACCGCCAAUGGGGGGGUAGAGAUGUAUAAUUAUAUGCAUGCAGGUUUUCAUUGAGGUUGUAUCUAAACACAGCUUGCAAAAACUGUAGAUCUUGUGCGAACAUUUUGCAAACCCUCCUAAAUCAACCAUCUAUUUUAUUUUUGUGUCCCGGGUAAAAAUUCUCAGUUAUAGCUACACAACAUCUGAUAUUGUGUUCUAAACCUUCUGACCUUCUUUGGCUGUGUAGUGUGUACCACUAUUGGAUUAUGAUUUAUAUUUAAAGAGCUAAAAUAGAUUUCCCUUAAUUAGAAGCAAAGAUGAUGGGUUUUGUCCUACUUGCCACCAUAUUUGUGAAUACCUUCUUUUUACAGUAGAAAACCAGUAACUACACAAUAAGCAUAGCACAAAUUUACUGCUAGAGAGCAUAUUUGAUUAUGCUAUGGCUAAUGAUAGCCUCAGAGCAUUUGUGAUGGGUUUAUGGUCAAUUUUAAUACUACUUUAGUUUUUUUUUUAUACUUUAAACUUGUACCCCAAUACACAAGCUGUAUUUUUGAGACAUACAUGAAAUAAACUUAGGUCUGUUAAAAGCAUGCCUCUAGUGUGUACAACCACAACCGCUUCUUUAAUUUAAGUAUGCGUAAAAGUUCCUUGAGGUCUCAGUAUAGUUAAAAGGUCAAACACUUGACCUUUUUGUAAGGGUGUCCUUCAUUCUUUUCCUGCAUCAUCCCUACUGAAAUUAGGUUAUUGAUGGAUAAUAUAGGUCAUCAUAUAUGGUCUUAUGCAAGGAGUGUUUUUGAUUUUAAAAAAAAUCUAACACUGGAUUGGCAAAAAUAACUCUCUAAAGCAACAUGCUUGGGGCCAUCCAAAAUUCCACUAAAGUAGUUUAUUUGCAAUGUGCAUUUUUAAUCUAGCAUUGGUGAGAAUACUUGAACAUCUCAAUACUUUUAUUAUACUCUCGUUCCUCCUUGUUUAGGUGCGUAAUGGGUUUAGCAGUUAGUGUAUUCACUUUUUUUUUUUUUUUUUUGAGGGGAGGGGGAGAAGGCAGUUGGGUCUCUUGUUUAUGUAUAUAAUUUUUUUCAUCUAUUUGUAAACCAAAAUGAUCUGUGGGUAUGUAUGUCAAGUCUUUAGAAGUUAUCACUGUAGCACUGAACUAUAUAUAAAAGUCUGAAAUAUACUCGCAUGUAAAUGGGAGUAAAUGGAAAUUUGUUUUGCACAGGUAUGUAUGGUGGUUGUUUCAUAUGUCCUCUUUAAUGUAGUGCCUUAAAUGCCAACGUAGUGAUUAUAGUUUACAGUAUGCUUGCCUUGUAAUAGGGUAGGCAAGCGCCUUUAAAUAGAAGCAAUUCUCUAAGCCUAGGAGCAAGAGGAAAAUAAGGCUAAAAAUAACCAUACUUUUGGGUUUAAUGAUAUCGAGUUGCCAUUUUUUCUAAAUAGUCUUGAUGGAUUUGUUAAAUAAAAAAAGUGAAAAUUAAAAAAAAAAAGCAAUCUCUAUCUUAUCCAGACACGUGAGAUGUAUGUGUUUUUACAAAUACAUUUUCAAAUAUGGUUUUAGCUUUUUGGUGUUUUAUUUUGUAGUGAUAAGUUUGAUUUGUAUGUGCAAUCCCCUUUAUAACUUACUUUUUUUUUUUUUUUUUCUUGGCUUGUUGGAACUUUGACAUUCCUUGUGAGAAUUAGUUAUAGAAUGUUUAUACCAAAGAAAGCUUUAGCAUAGUAAUUGUGUUGUGCUUGGCUGCACAAUGGAUCCAUGUCAGGAUACCAAUCACUGCUGUUCAUUAUGAUGCAUGUAAUCUCAUUUCUGAGCUAGUUAUGGUAUUAUAAAAAAAAUUCACUGCGUAUAUUGUAAAUUAGAAAAGUGUAGUAGGUGUUUUUUGGUAUUUUUGUUUUGUUUUUUGUUACCCCUCCCUCUUCCCUUUUUCCAUAGAGCGGCUUUUUAUAUUGCUGUCCACCACUGCAAAGUAUGUACUGGAUAGUCACCAAGUUAAAAUAUGUUGUAAGUCUCCCACCCCUUGCUCCCUCCCAAUUAUUUUCACUAACUACCCGUGGGACUGUCAAAGCCAAUAUCUUACUCUAUUGGUCUCUUGUUUAAAGGCAACCAAAAAAAUGUGUAAAGCAUCAACAUUUUCAUUUGUAUUCCAUUGUGAAGCACUUAAGUUACUAAGAUACUGAAGGUGUUUUGUAUACGUUCAUAUCUUUAAAGUCGUUCGUAUUACCUUUGUCAUUUUUAAUCUCCUGUCUGUUUAAGCCUGUAAUUUAUAUGUUGCUUUAUUUUUGUAGAAAGUUAAGUGAUGGCAAAAUGAUUGAAUGUAAUGUGGGCUGUUCCACUGCUGUACUACGCUCGGUUAGGUCCCAAGUUUUUUUUAUGAUUAUUACUCAAAAUUAUGGCCUAGGAAACACUGUGUACAUGGGGCUCAAACUUUUUCGUGGGCUAAAUCUCCCUAGUUGUUUUUAUCAGAAAAGAUCUUAUUGAAAUGAUUUCAGAGUAGUUUGUAUGCAUAAUUGGGAUUUUGGAUACAUGAGCUCUAAUAUUAAUUUAAUUGACUAAUGAGCUCUACGUAGCUUGAAAUUGGAGAGCGAGAUAGCAAUAAACUUGUAUGAAAAAUUGAUACAACAGUGGUUUUUUUUGUUUUUUCAUUUCGUGGUGGUAUUUAUGGAACGUGUAUUCUCUCAUAUUCACUGUAUUUUCCUUUAAGGUUUUUUAUUAUGGAAUAUAAUUCUAACAAACAUUGCUAAUGGUAAGGCACUGUGGAAUUUUAUAUAGUAGUAUCAUUGUAUUUGUUAAAAUGUAUGCUGUUCUAGACUUCUCUUCAACUUCUGUUAAUCUAUAUUAAAUCAGUGUUCUAAGCAAUACUUCUCAAUGGUUAUACUCCUAUAUUAAACAUUUGUUUAUGCUGUUAAUGUCAAUAGACAGGAUAACUAACAAUCAUUUAAUCAGAUUUGUGACUUUUGUAGUAGUACUUCACUUGGUCCUUAAAGAAUCCUGCAUCCUUUAUGUAGUUGUGUCAUUUGAGACUGGGGCACCUUGCAUGGAUUUUGGGAAUUCUAGCCCUUAUGACUAAUUUCUUGUAGGACCAAGCUUUUUCAAGAGUUAGACUUCUGGUGGUGGUAUUUAACACCACACUGGCUAGAUUCCAAUAAUUCUGCUGCAAAAAAUGCUCCAAUAUAUUGCAUGUAUACAUUGUUCCUUAUACAACUUCAUUCCCAAUUUUUAUUUGCUUUGUCUAUAUCACUACAUGUAGCAAUGCAUUUUAUAUGUAAUCUUAGUGUUUCUUGUUUUUAACUUUGGAUCAUUGAUAUUGCUAUUUUAUUUUUAUUAAAAAUGUAUUUGAUCUGCUAGUUGCUGUGUGAAACUUAACAAUUCCCAUUUUUAUCUGGUUGUGCUUCCCCUCCCUAACCUCCUUCUACUUGCUUUUAGUUUCCACGCUGCUAUAAGCAAGUAGUACCUGGGAAUUGAUCUGUUUGUAUUGCUGGUGUUUUUCGGGGGGGAUUAUGUAAAAUCUGUUUUAAGAAAACAAAAAAUAUUUAAAUUUUAUUACUAACUAUACGGGGAAAUGGGUCCAUUGUGAAAACAUAGUUUAUCUUUGGAUUCAAUGUUUGUCUUUGGUUUUACAAAGUAGCUUGUAUUUUAUGUAUUUUCUACAUCAUAUUGCAAAAUGUAGAGCAAUUGAAAUGCACCAAUAAAAAAAGGGUAAUUUUUCUUUACUGCU